GAGGAGCCCCCUCAGCCGCCGCCGCCGCCGCCGCGUCCUCUUCCUCCUCCUUCUCCUGCUUGUCGGGCUGGGCUGGGCUUGGGCCUCCUGGCAGGGGCCCGGCUGGUGCUGCGCCGCGUCGGGGCCCGGGGGGCGAGGCCGGCGGGAUGGAGGCCGUGCCCCGCAUGCCCAUGAUCUGGCUGGACCUCAAGGAGGCGGGAGAGUUCGGCUUCCAGCAGGCCGUCAAGAAGGUGGGAGGCGCGGGGGGGGAGGGGCAGGGGGCGCUAUUACAGUAGUAUUAUUAUUAUUAUCCCAGUGGGGGAGGGGCAGAGGGCUAAGGGGGAGGGGCAGGCAGCAUUAUUAUUCUUAUUCUUAUUCUUAUUCUUACUACUAUUAUUAGCCUAGUGGGGGGGGCAGAGGCCAUGGGGGGGCAGACAGCACUAUUAUUAUUAUUAUUAUUAUUAUUGCUUUUAGCCUAGUGGGGGAGGGGCGGGGCAGAGGCAUAAGCGGGAGGGGCAGGCAGAAUUAUUAUUAUUAUUAUUAUUAUUAUUAUUAUUAUCCUAGUGGGGGAGGGGCAGAGGCCUAAGGGGGAGGGGCAGGCAGCAUUAUUAUUAUUAUUAUUGUUAUUCUUAUUAUUAUUACUACUACUAUUAGCCUAGUGGGGGGGCAGACAGCACUAUUAUUAUUAUUAUUAUUAUUAUUAUUAUUACUAUUAGCCUAGUGGGGGCGGGGCGGGGCAGAGGGCUAAAGGAGAGGGACAGCCAGCAUUAUUGUUGUUGUUAUUAUUAGCCUAGUGGGGAAGGGGAGGGGCAGAGGCCUAUGGGGUAGGGGGUAGAGGCAAGCAUCAUCAUCAUCAUUAUUAUUAUCAUUAUUACUAUUAGCCUAGUGGGGAAGGGGAGGGGCAGAGGUGUAAGGGGGAGGGGCAGACAACAUUAUUAUUAUUAUUAUUAUUAUUAUUAUUAUUAUCCCAGUGGGGGAGGGGCAGAGGCCUAAGGGGGAGGGGGUGGCAUCAUCAUUAUUAUUAUUACUACUACUACUACUACUACUAUUAGCCUAGUGGGGAAGGGGAGGGGCAGAGGCCUAAGGGGGAGGGGCCGACAACAUUAUCAUCAUCAUCUUUAUUAUUAUUAGCCUAGUGGGGGCGUGGUGGGGAAGAGGCAAAGGCCUAGGGGGUAUGAGGUGGGGGCAGGCAUAAUAAUAAUAAAAAUAAUGCCUAGUAGUUGUCAAACUUUUCCCCCUGCUCUGGGGCCACACUUUCGAACCAACAAUUUUGCUUGCCGAUUUUUAUUUUUUUUAAUAGAUAAGGAACACAUUGGAAAACGGGGCAGGGGACUCUGGAGCGGUGCUUGAUUUAUAACGUAGAACACAACUACUUUAGAAUAUCAUCCCGGGGCAUCCAGGAAGCAUAAAGCAAUGCACAAGCGGCAUGAAUCUUUCCCAAAGUAUAAUUAUAUGUUAUAUUAUCAUUCUCGAAAUAUGGUUACAUAUUAUACUGUACUGCAGUACAAUGUUUUAACAGUUUCCUGGAUUGCCCUUGGAUCUUCCUUCCCUGCCACAGCCUUUGAGAAGCCUUCAAGCCGAAGGUCCCAGGGUGGUUAGCAACACAGCACCAAAAAGGGGGAGGUUCAGAACAACUCCCAGUUAUUUGGUGGGUCCUAAAAACAUACCCCUCAAGUGCUAAGGUAUGGUUCUGGGGAGGAGGCCGAGUAUUUUCUUGAUAUGGAGCCCUGAGCAUAAGAAAGUGGGGCCUAUUGUUAUUGUUUGUUUAUUGCUUGCAUGUGGGGACCUCUCUGCGUGCUGUUAUGGAGCAAGCGGUUGGUGAUGGUUUGGGGAGCAGUAAGUUGACGAGUGCAAUCUCAAAACCCGAGAUUCGCUGGACUAAGGGGUUUCUGACCUAAACGAAGGAACUGAGUGUGCUCCCUUGAAUGUGAUGGUUGAUCAUUCUUGAGAAAUCAGGGUCAAGGAAUUGGGAGCAGGCCUUGAUGUGCAUUUUGGUGGGAGGGGAAGGCUCGUCGGGAUAGGAAGGAAGGUUGCGAGGCGUGACGGGUGAUGACUGAGAGUGUGGGAGAAAAUGUGGGUGUAUUUUGGGCCUUUAGUCUUGACAAACAAUCUCCAGGCUCAUCUUCUGAACUCAUGACUCAGUCUCUUUAAUUGGGCUGCUCUUCUGCCCCCAAUGAAUGACUAAGCACACUUCACACCUGCCAUUCUCUUUGUCUCCAUAUCUUCCUAGAUCCAAAUUAUAUUCAGGUGCUCUGUCACAUACACUUUCCUUGCCACAUCCAAUUAAUAAUCUUGUGCCCCUGGUAGCCUCUUCAAGUUGGCAGGUAGCCCUUGGGCCAGCCUCCCCUGACCCUACUGCCUUCCAGAUUUUUGAGACUACCGUUAUGCCUGCUGGAGCUGAUGGAAGUUGUAGUCAUAGGGAACAGAAGUUCAUUAAAUGGAUGAACUCUCUUGUGCAGGCAUCCCCAAACUUGGCCCUCCAGAUGUUUCGGCACUACAACUCGCAUGAUCCCUAGCUAACAGGACCAGGGGUCAGGGAUGAUGGGAAAUGUAUUCCCAAAACAUCUGGAGGGCCGAGUUUGGGGAUGCCUGCUCUUGUGCCAUGGAAGCAGCACCUUGUACAUGGGUAAGAGAAUUUUAAAUAGAAACCCACAAUGGGUUCCUUAGGUUCUGACAGAGUGACUCUUAGCAAGUGUUCUCCAAAACGUCUCAAGUCUCUGGAUGUUGAUGUACUACUGACUUCAAGAUCAAAAAUGAGCAGUGUAAGGUGUAUUUGUAAUAACCGGAGGUUAUAGGGCGGUAUACAAAUUUAAUAAAAUAAUAAUAAUAGGCACUGCAACUUGACUCCUAAGUCAGUCACCAGCCGUUGAGCAAAUAGGAUUGUGGGCCAUCAAUAAAAUAAUAAAAUAAAAUGGAGGGUGACGUAGCCAGGCAAAAGUCAUACAAGUGGGAGACAGAGCGAGAGCACUUUCUGCUUGCCAUUAUUAAGGAUAUUGACAUUAAGGACCACUUUGAGGUUUUCUACAGUCAAGUGGCAUAUAAAUGCUAUGAAAUGAACAUCGCCCUUCUUUUUGGAAAAUGGGCUGCAGUCUGAUAGUAACCCCAAGAUUCUUUGGGAAAAUCUGAAGCAGUUAAGAGAUUUAUGUGGUUCCAUCCAAAGCCAUUCAAAUAACAGUCAGCUUCCUGUAAUGUGAAAAUGGCACCAAUAAUUGGGAAAUGUUGGGGAUCCUAUGGGACAAGGAAGUACAAGCAAAAUACCCAAUUAAUUCCUUCCUGUUCUUCUUACCUGCUCUCUAGUCAGAGUCAAUUCGGUAGGGUUUCCCACUUUUGCUUUUGGGCAUCUCCAACUGCAAUGCCUUCUGUAGCUGCUUGGUUUCGCAAGCGAGCGCGGCGAAACCCAUAAGUAUACAUUUCCGGGUUUGCCACGUUCGCAACCCAAAAGUUACAUUACCUUCACUGUACAGUGGUAGUUCGGGUUAAGUACUUAAUUCGUUCCGGAGGUCCAUUCUUAACCUGAAACUGUUCUUCACCUGAAGCACCACUUUAGCUAGUGGGGCCUCCCGCUGCCACCAUGCCAGCGCCGGGCGUUUCUGUUCUCAUCCUGAAGCAAAGUUCUUAACCCGAGGUACUAUUUCUGGGUUAGCGGAGUCUGUAACCUGAAUCGUCUGUAACCUGAAGCGUAUGUAACCCGGGGUACCACUGUAUUACAUCAGGAGUGUUCUUGGUAAUUUCUCAUGUGUUUAUACUUAUUUCCUACCCUUGGAAAGCUCCUAACGCAGCGUCCCCAGAAGUUGUACUGUAAUAAAAGCGAUAAUUGAAAAACAGCUUCAAGCAGUAAAAUUCCCCAGGCAUCUCUGAUGGGCAGUGUUGCCUGGAUCUGUCUGUGAUGUCGCGUCUGCUCAGAAGGAAAGGGGCUGAGUCACAGUCUGCUGAUGGCUGGUGCUGCCGUUCCUGUUUCUCUCUAUAGAAAAUGACUGUGUGUGCAUGCAUGCGCAUAGGAGGCAGAGAUCACACAGGGUGCAAAGUCUCUGAGCCAGGAAAAUGCUUUGUACAGUGGUACCUUGGGUUAAGAACUUAAUUCGUUCUGGAGGUCCGUUCUUAACCUGAAACUGUUCUUAACCUGAAGCACCACUUUAGCUAAAGGGGCCUCCCACUGCUGUCGCAUGAUUUCUGUUCUCAUCCUGAAGCAAAGUUCUUAACCUGAGGUACUAUUUCUGGGUUAGCGGAGUCUAUAACCUGAAGCGUAUGUAACCUGAAGCAUAUGUUACCCGAGGUACCACUGUACUUACAUAAAACAAAAUAAAAAAAUUCCUUCCGGUAGCACCUUAGAGACCAACUAAGUUUGUUAUUGGUAUGAGCUUUCAUGUGCAUGUACACUUCUUCAGAUACACUGAAACAGAAGUCACCAGACCCUUAUAUAUAGUGAGAUGGUGGAGAGGCGUAUUACUCAGAAGGGUGAUGGGAAAGCUCAUACCAAUAACAAACUUAAAGGUAAAGGGAACCCUGACCAUUAGCUCCAGUUGUGACCGACUCUGGGGUUGCGGCGCUCAUCUCGCUGUAUUGGCCGAGGGAUACGGCGUACAGCUUCCUGGUCAUGUGGCCAGCAUGACUAAGCCGCUUCUGGCAAACCAGAGCAGCGCACAGAAAUGCCGUUUACCUUCCCGCCGGAGCAGUACCUAUUUAUCUACUUGCACUUUGACGUGCUUUCGAACUGCAAGGUGGGCAGGAGCAGGGACCGAGCAACAGGAGCUCACCCCGUUGUGGGGAUUCGAACCGCCGACCUUCUGAUCGACAAGUCCUAGGCUCCGUGGUUUAACCCACAGCGCCACCCGCAUCCCUUAUUUAUAUUAUAUCCACAUGCAAAUCUCCCUUGGCUGUGGAUCACAGUGACUUUCUUCCGGCCUUGAUUUUCCCAGCUGCGAAAAGGGUGUAAGAGGGAUUUGUUUUACUGCGUGGCGGUCAGGAUAAAGUUCAUUGCAAAUCAAAAGUCCUGCAUAAGGCAGGCGGCUUCUCUGGACGCCUGAGUUGGCUCUUUGCUUUCCAACACGAUGAGGCCUCUUUUCUGGACUGCAGUACACCUGUUCCCGGAAGCAAAGAAUGUGGCUUUUCUGGCCUGACCUGUUGGGAUCUGGUGUUGACAGAACAGGGAACGGUCUCUGGGAAGCUUGUGAGGACGGUAAAUGGCUAUGAGGACAAGAGCUGUAGUUUGGAUUUUAUUCAUUUUACAUUUGUAGCUCACCUUUUCUGCAAGGAGCUCUAAGUGGCACACAUAUUUCUCCCCCCUAUCUCAGUUUAUCACCACAACAACCUUGUGAGGUAGGCUAGGCUGAGGAUGAGUGACUAGCCCAAGGGCACGCCCAGUGAGCGUCACAUGGGGAUUUGAUUGAUUGAUUGAUUUUAUUGGAAUUUAAUUUACAACAUAACACAACCCCCACCCCCAAUACACAUUAAACAUGAACAUAACAUACAGUGAACAUAACAUACAACAACACAAACAACCAAAUAAAAAGACUUCCUUUAUCCUAUAUCUGGCCUCCUUUUUAAUUCUUAUAAACUGUGUCCUUUACGAAUAGUUAUUAGGAUUUUUCUAAUUAUAACUUAAAUAUCCACAAAGUCCCCUGCAGACAUUAAUCGAAACAAGUCCAGGUAUGUAUUUUAGGGCACUUCACAUGGGGAUUUGAACCCCAGUCUCCCAGUCCCUAGCCCAGGGGUCAGCAAACUUUAUCAGCAGGGGGCCGGUCCACUGUCCCUCAGACCUUGUAGGGGGCCGGGCUAUAUUUUGGAAAAAAUAAUAAUAAUAAUGAAUGAAUUCCUGUGCCCCACAAAUAACCCAGAGAUGCAUUUUAAAUAAAAGGACACAUUCUGUUGUUGUUGUUUAGUCAUUUAGUCAUGUAUGUCCGACUCUUCGUGACCCCCUGGACCAGAGCACGCCAGGCACUCUUGUCUUCCACUGCCUCCCUCAGUUUGGUGAAACUCAUGCUGGUAGCUUCGAGAACACUGUCCAACCAUCUCGUCCUCUGUCGUCCCCUUCUCCUUGCGCCCUCCGUCUUUCCCAACAUCAGGGUCUUUUCCAGGGAGUCUUCUCUUCUCCUGAGGUGGCCAAAGUCUUGGAGCCUCAGCUUCAGGAUCUGUCCUUCCAGUGAGCACUCAGGGCUGAUUUCCUUCAGAAUGGAUUGGUUUGAUCUUCUUGCAGUCCAUGGGACUCUCAAGAGUCUCCUCCAGCACCAGAAUUCAAAAGCAUCCAUUCUUCGGCGGUCCAGCUCUCACUUCCUAGGUUUGCCUACCCAUGCCCUAGCCUGAUUCUUUAACCACCACACCACAGUGGCUUUCUGUGGAGGGAAGCUGGUUAUAAGUGGGGACCGAGGGCUCUCUUCUGUUGGAGUCCUGUGAGAAAAGAAAGCUGGAAAACUUGCUCACCCUUUUGGCUCAUAUCCACCAGGAGCCAUGCUGUGUUCUGUAUUGUGGGUCUCAUCCUGUGGAACUCUCUUCUAGUUGGGAGUCAGACAGGCCACCACUUUGUUUGACAAGUACCAUCACUGUCCAAGACGCCUUUUCAGCAAAGUGAUGGAUAGUGGCAGGUCAGCUGCAGACACUCUUGAACUAGGGUUGCCAUAUUUCAAAAAGUGAAAAUCAGGACAAAAAAGCUGUUGAGCUUUUUUUUUGGGGGGGGGGGGGGAGCAAAGUUGUUGAGCAAAAUCUCCAAAAAGAGAGAGGAAGUUUUGCCCUAUUUUUAAGGAAAUUUGCCAAAAUCUACACUUCUGAAAUGGGUUACCAUACGUCCGGGUUUUUCCUGGACAUUUCAGCGAUUUUCCACCCAGACGCUGUUUACGAUGGCCGAGUCGCUGCUAUGUCUGGCAAAUUCUAGACAUAUGGUAGCCCUGUCUUGAACGCAGCUGAUUAUCUUGAGGUGCUCCAGGCCUGGGUUCAGGAGAGUCACCUGGUGAUAAAGGAGAGGCAGGGCCUUCUUGGUGAUGGGACCUCUGGAAUACCCUCAUCACCCUUGGGUGCUUCAGUACCCUCUGCCUCAGGUGGCCGUAGGGAGCUUGAAACACCUCUCAAACGUACCCAGUUAUUUCCUGUACUCUGAUCUUCAAAUGCCAGAUUUUUGCUUUGUACACUGCUUGGUUGUGUUUCUAAUAUGCAGUUGUAUGGUGUUCCUUAAUCUUGCUUUCAUCUUGUUUUGCUUUAGAAAAUUUUACUGAACGUUGUUGGUAUUAAUUUUAUAUAAAGGGCUUAGAGAUCACAUUCACCCGGUGCUAUACCAGCUGCACUGGCUCCCGGUGGAGUACAGGAUCAGGUUUAAGGUGCUGGUUUUAACCUUCAAAGCCCUAUACGGCCUAGGACCCUCGUACCUAUGGGACCGCCUCUCCUGGUAUGUCCCACGGAGGACCUUACAACCUUCAAACAAAAACAUAUUGGAUGUCCCGGGCCACAAGGAGGUUAGACUGGCCUCAACCAGAGCCAGGGCUUUUUCGGCCAUGGCCCCGAUCUGGUGGAACGCUCUGUCCCAAGAGACCAGAGCCCUGCGGGACUUGCCAUCUUUCCGCAGGGCCUGCAAGACGGAGCUGUUCCACUAGGCCUUUGGCCAAGGCACAUUCUGACCCCCUCCUUUGGUAAUCCUCACAGAACUCUAGCCCAGUGGUUGCCAUUAAUUUAAUUUUGAAUUGAUUUUAGAAUGCUGUGUUCCUUUUAUUUUAUUGCUCGACUUCGGCUGGGGAGGGUGGGAUAUAAAUAAAAGUUUAUUAUUUCAUUAUUAUUACUAUAUUAUAUGUUCAAUGAAUAAAUGGGUGCAUCUCCUUCCCUUCCCCACAUGCUAGUUUGUCCUGAAGAACUAUGGUGAAAAUCCAGAGAACUACAAUGAAGAGUUGAAGAAGCUGGAGCAGCUGAGGCAGGUGAGGACAUACGUGGUUCUCCUCCAACCCUCCUCUUCCUCUCGGUGAUGGUGACACGGGUUUACUUGGUUCACAUGAUGCAGUGCUGCCCACCAGGACCUUCAGGAGUCCGUAAGAGGGGAAACUGAGGCAGAGAGAAGCGGAUUGGGGAGGCAGUCUUGCUUUAAAAUCUUCAUUUCUUUUAAAAUACUUACAUGCCACUUUUCUUCUGAGUUGUUAUUUAUUGAAUUUAUUAGCCACUUUUUUUUACCAAGGUAACACAGAACAACUCAAAAAACCCCAAAAAAACCCACCGCAGGGCAAAAAAAAACUCUGAAAGGCAGUCUUGUUUUUAAAAGGCUGGAUUAGAACAUCCCACCCUCUCAAGGAGGCCACAGAUAGUUAAAAGCUGAAGGCCUGGAGAAAAAGAAAUGUUUUUCCUUAGUGCCUAAAGAUAUGUAAUGAUGGUGCCAGGGGAAACUCCCUGGGGAAUGCUUUCCACAAGCAGGGAGCCACCACGGAAAAGGCCCCGUUCUCAUAUUGCUAUCCUCCGCAUGUCACAUGAAGAAGGACCUCAUGAGCUCCCAGUACAUUUCCAAGCACAGUUCAGAGUGUUGGUGCUGACCCUAAACGGCCUCGGCCCAGUAUACCUGAAGGAGCGUCUCCACCCCAAUCGUUCAGCCCGGACACUGAGGUCCAGCUCCGAGGGCCUUCUGGCGGUUCCCUCUCUGCAAGAAGUGAGGUUACAGGGAACCAGGCAGAGGGCCUUCUCGGUGGUGGCGCCCUCCCUGUGGAACACCCUCCCAUCAGAUGUCAAGGAAAUAAACAACUAUCUGACUUUCAGAAGACAUCUGAAGGCAGCCCUGUUUACGGAAGUUUUUAAAGUUUGAUGUUUGCUGAGUUUUUAUUACAUUGGAAGCCACCCAGAGCGGCUGGGGCAACCCAGUCAGAUGGGCACAGUACAAAUAAUAAAAUUAUUAUUAUUAUAAAAGUAAAGGUAAAGGACCCCUGACAGUUAAGUCCAGCCGCGAACGACUCUGGGGUUGCGAUGCUCAUCUCGCUUUAAUGGCCGAGGGAGCCGACGUUUGUCCAAAGACAGUUUUUCUGGGUCAUGUGGCCAGCAUGACUCAGCCGCUUCUGGUGAAACCAGAGCAGCGCAUGGAAACGCCAUUUGCCUUCCUGCCGGAGCAGUACCUAUUUAUCUACUUGUACUUUGAAGUGCGUUCGAACUGCUAGGUUGGCAGGAGCUGGGACUGAGCCAUUAGGUGGGGUUAAUAAUAUUAUAUUAUUAUUAUAUUUUAUAUACUUCUUAUAUAAUAAUACUACAUUAUUGUUGCUGUUAUUUAAUCCAAUCUCCUGCAAUGCAGGAGUCAAAGCUAUCUGGCCCCUGAAGCUGCCUUGAGGUGAGAUCAGUUUGAAGGCGUUUAGCAUAGGAAAUUUUUAGCCACUGGGGUGCUCAUACAAUAGGACUAUCCCAUCGGGGUUGUGCUUCCCAGGCAGAGCUUUGCACUGUGUGCACGUGGUUUUUAUUUUUGAAAUGUGAUUAUGCUUCCUGAAGGGAUAGUGGUCACUAUCGGCAGUUAUCUUGUGACCUCAGCACAGCCUGCUGUCCGAGCACAAUUCAGAGUGUUGGUGCUGACCUUUAAAGCCCUAAACUGCUUCAGUCCAAUGUACCUGAAGGAGCGUCUCCACCCCCAUCGUUCUGCCCGGAUGCUGAGGUCCAGCUCCGAGGGCCUUCUGGCGAUUCCCUCAUUGUGAGAAGCAAAGCUACAGGGAACCAGGCAGAGGGCCUUCUCGGUGGUGGCGCCCACCCUGUGGAACGCUUUCCCAUCAGAUGUCAAAGCGAAAAACAACUACCUGACAUUCAGAAGACAUCUUAAGGCAGCCCUGUUCAUGGAAGUUUUUAAUGUGUGAUAUUUUAGUGUAUUUUUGGUUUCUGUGGAAGCCGCCCAGAGUGGCUGGGGAAACCCAGCCAGAUGGGCGGGGUAUAAAUAAUAAAUUAUUAUUAUUUUUAUUAUUAACCUGACUCCUGUCCCUUUCCUCUCCCCUCCCAGAAUGCCGUCAACGUGCCCAGGGACUUCGAAGGCUGCAGCAUCCUGCGCAAGUACUUUGGGCAGCUGCACUACCUUCAGAGCCGCAUCCCGAUGGGAGCAGAGCAUGAAGCAGCCGUCCCCAUUACCUGGUGAGCCAGCUGCAGCGGGGAGGGGCGAUGGCUGAGCCUUGCCGCUCAGCAGAGCUGGCUUUGAGGUUAUGCCAAAACUGGAGCAAGUGGGGUUGGGGCUUCUCCCGCUCUGCGCAUGGACCACGGAGGGGACCCUCCACCGCAGUGUUUCUCAAACCUGGGUCUCCAGCUGCUGUUGGAUUACAACUCCCAUCUUCCCUGACCACUGGUCCUGCUGGCAAGGGAUGAUGGGAGUUGUAGUUCACAACAGCAGCCGGAGACCCAACACUGCACUGCAACUGGGGCGCUCCCAGCACAUUCUCUCCUCUGGGUAUUUCUUUCUAUUUUGGAAGGGGAGCUCAAAGGGGAGGGGGGAAGGGUGCAGAGUAAUGAAGCAAUAGCAGAAAUGGAAGACCUGGAAGGCUUGUUGGUUAUGCCCCACCUCCACGGAGGCAGUACAGUGGUACCUCAGGUUAAGUACUUAAUUCGUUCCGGAGGUCCGUACUUAACCUGAAACUGUUCUUAACCUGAAGCACCACUUCAGCUAAUGGGGCCUCCUGCUGCCUCCGUGCUGCCGGAGCACGAUUUCUGUUCUCAUCCUGAAGCAAAGUUCUUAACCUGAAGCACUAUUUCUGGGUUAGCGGCGUCUGUAACCUGAAGCAUAUGUAACCUGAAGCGUAUGUAACCUGAGGUACCACUGUAAUUCUUCUCGGUUCCGGUUUCUGGAAACCGCAGAAGCGGAAAGUUGCUCAUGUGUUCGAAUCCUGCUUGCGGGUUAGUCACAGGCAUCUGAUUGGCCACUGUGAGAAGAGGAUGCUGGACUCAUUGUUGAGGGGAAGUGCGUGGAACAGGUCUCGGUGUUUCGAUUUCUGGGAAUGGAGUUGAGAGAUGACCUUACCUGGGGAGAACACAGCAAAGACCUGAUGAAGAGAGCACAGCAGAGGUUAUGUUUUCUGAGAAUCCUCCAGAAAAACAAUCUCUCAAAGGACCGGUUGAUGGCAUUUUACCAUUGUACUGUGGAGAGCGUUUUAACUUAUGGUCUGUGUGUGUGGUUUGGGAGCUGCACGGUCAGGGGAAAACCAAUGCUGUCCAGGGUUGUAAAGACUGUGGAGAGAAUAAUUGGGUGUACUCUUCCCACCUUAGAUCAAAUCUAUGCUUCCAGGCAGUGCCAUAAGAAAGCUGCUGAGAUAGCACAGGAUAGUGCACACCCCGGAAAUGAUCUCUUUCAGCUUCUGCCUUCUGGAAGAAGGUACAGGGUUAUAAAGACUAGGACUAGCCGCCUGAGAAACAGUUUCUAUCCAAAUGCAAUUUUGGUUUUAAAAGCAGUGUAAGGUAGUCUCUGUGGGAGUAUAUUGUAUUUAAUUAUGGGGUAUCAGAGUUUUUAGGGGCUAAGCAGGCUGGGAUAGCAGGCUUGUUGGUUUUUGAAUGUCUGGAUGUAGAUUUUUUCAAUUUCGUUGUUCUGUAUGGGACAAUGACAAUAAAGAUUAUCGUAUCGUAGAGGGCCCAAUCGCCUGAUCCAGCAGGGUUCUUCUCAAGCUGUGACCUUCUUGUUUGGCGACAGACGGCUUGGGGGAAAUCAGCCUGUUGAGAUUCAUGAAAGAGUUUGCAGGAGAACUGGGAUUUCAGAAGGGGGAAGGAUGAGUGAAUGGCUAGAGAUGAGGAGGCUGUUGAAAAGAAUAAGCUAGCAAGGUUGCAGUCUUAAAGACAGGAGUGGGGAAACCAGCCUCUGUCCGGACUAGGAGCUUGAAGGAGAUUUGAGAAGUGAUAGGGAUCAACUGCAGAGAUUUGGGAAGUGGGAAUCGGUGGUGGGUGCGAGACGAAGCAGCAUGUUUUCUUAUUCCUCCUCCGGGGAGUUGGCAAGCACAGCAGCUCUGAGUUGUGUUCACGCUGGAGAUGUGGCCCUUUUAUGAGUCAUGCACCAUCAGCCCAAAGGGGACCCAUCUAGUUCGGCAUCCUGUCCUCACAGUGGCCAACUGGAUGCCUGUGCAAAACUCGCAUGCGGCACCCGAGCACAAGAUCCACUCUCCUCUCCUAUGGCUGCCAGCUCCAGCUCCAUACACCCCAAGCAGGAGGGUGUUUUGUUGGGCUGGGCCUCUGGGCGCCUGUUCAGUGCCCCAAGUGGGCGCUUUGCUGGAAAAAGGCCCGUGCAUUGGGACACGUUCCGCUCAGCCCCCGCAAUGGCCCCCUCUGUUUGCAGGACCGAGAUCUUCUCCGGCAAGACGGUGACACAUGAGGACAUCAAAUAUGAGCAGGCCUGCAUCCUGUAUAAUCUGGGUAAGGGCCGUUCGGCCAGCUGGACCUGCGACUGCAUCUCUGUUUCCAGGAGGCGAAAGGGGCUUCAGGGGAGGAAUUGUUGGGAUGUGUCGAAGGGAACGGGGGCAUUUCGCUGGCUCCAGCCCACUGGCCGGCAGCUGGACGAACUCUGGUCCUUUGGAACAGCAUCAAACAGCGACUCACAGCUUCUGAAGCCUUCAGAAACUUGAGCACGCCUUAACCAUGUUUUUGUACUGUUUUUGGGGGGCAGGGGGCGGGCGGGUGUGAGGGAUUCCCUGGUCCUGAAUGGGGCAACUGUGCCCCUGAAGGACCAGGUGCGCAGCCUGGGAGUCAUUCUGGACACACAGCUGUCCAUGGAGGCACAGGUUAAUUCUGUGUCCAGGGCAGCUGUUUAUCAGCUCCACCUGGUACGCAGGCUGAGACCCUAUCUGUCUGCGGACUGUCUCACCAGAGUGCUGCAUGAUCUAGUUAUCUCCUGCUUGGACUACUGCCAUGCGCUCUACGUGGGGCUACCUUUGAAGGUGACCCGGAAACUGCAAUUAAUCCAGAAUGCGGCAGCUAGACUGGUGAGUGGGAGUGGCCGCCGGGACCACAUAACACCGGUUCUGAGAGAUCUGCAUUGGCUCCCAGUACGUUUCCAAGCACAAUUCAAAGUGUUGGUGCUGACCUUGAAAGCCCUAAACGGCCUCGGUCCUGUAUACCUGAAGGAGCGUCUCCACCCCCAUCGUUCAGCCCGGACACUGAGAUCCAGCGCCGAGAGCCUUCUGGCGGUUCCCUCAUUGCGAGAAGUAAGAUUACAGGGAACCAGGCAGAGGGCCUUCCUGGUAGUGGCGCCUGCCCUGUGGAACACCCUCCCAGCAGAUGUCAAAGCAAUAAAAAACUAUUUUACUUUUAAAAGACAACUGAAGGCAGUCCUCUUUAGGGAAGUUUUUAAUGUCUGAUGCUGUACUGUUUUUAAUAUUCAGUUGGAAGCUGCCCAGAAUGGCUGGGGAAACCCAGCCAGAUGGGCGGGGUAUAAAUAAUAAAUAAUAACAAUAAUAAUUAUUAUUAACUAGCAGAGUGAAUAACACGCAACAGAAGUGGUGGACAGAGGCAUAUGUAAAGCAUAUUUACAAGCAGUUUAUUUGGCGUAGUUCAGGACAAAGAAAACAUGUCUGCUCUCUUUCAUGUCCAAGAGCAGGAAGCAUAAGCAAAAGCUAUACACAAAAGGAAGUUCCCAGCAAGCUGUGCUGGAGAGUAAACAGUCAUGUGACAUACAACAAUCAUGUCUGUUCCUUUUAAGGUGGAACGGAACAUCAGUAUCCUAACAGGAAUGACUAAAGGAUCAUUCCAGCAAAAAGUGUAUUCACAGCAGCAGCCAAGGAUGUUUUGCUGGCAAAUAAUCGGCAAGUCUUUCUUGGCUGAUGUGGCGACAGCCGUGUCUGCCUUUGCAUCCACGAGUCUAGGCUGCUUCUGCGUUCUCUGCCUCAGCCUUCCCCCAAGAAGGUGCCUUCCAGAUGUUUUGGACUGUGACACCCAUGAGCCCCAGGCAGCACAGCUGUUACGGGGGUAAAGACGGCUGCUUUAAUGAAAUUACUCUCAAAGAGAGGUUGGAGGCAGGAGCUAGUAGCGAGCCUCUUUUCGUCACUGCCUCUGGCUUCCCUUGUCAUUCCCCAAGUCCUCUGGCACGUGGAGAGGGCUUGGGAGAAAGGCAAAGUUUGCUCCGACUUGCUCUCCUAACGACAGCCAAAGUGGGAGGGUGUUGGGGUGCCCCCUUGCCAGAGGGCUGGAAGUGGAUUUGUGGGUGCUUGGCUGCACCUUUCUCUUAGGAGCGCUGGACCUCUGGAGCACAUCGACUCCCCAUGCUGCAACAUCUGUGCUAGGUUUUGUGAGACUAGCACAGGAAUUGUGGUUCAGCGCUGUCUCCAUUUGUCUGCAGAGACUGGUUCAAAAUGUGUGAGUGGCAUAGGGUGGAAGCUGAGAAUCUUAAGAGCAUCUCCAGUGGUUGGAGGGGAACGCUCUGUGUUUAAUUUACACUAUUUAUGCAGGCCAGAGAACAGCUCCUCCGGCUGCAGAACGUGGGUUACCAUAGCGCAGAAUUGGUGUGUGCUUCUGCUUUUCUCAGAAGACCACUUGCCAGUGGUCAGCAAAUAUUUUAUCCAGGCGACCACCUGUCCCAGCCCCAAAUGAAAGAUGGGCUCAUUUCUGACCUUGUGCUAAGCUUUGGAAGCACUGAAAUUGUCGCCUUAUUGGAGUUCACCGAUUGGGUCGGCGUUGCUCCCGGACAGGAGGAAGGGAGUCAAAUGACACCAAGGGUUGGUUCAGAGAAAGAGUUCUUUAUUUCUGCUCUCCGGAACAGCAGAAAGGCACCUGCGUGGUCAGUCCACAGCAAGUCCAAAGAAAUGAGAAAUUUCAUGCAGUAUAUAUAUCCUCCAGGCACCCUCUCACCCUUCCCCAGGAAUCCAGCCACAUCAGCUUGUCCACGCAGGUUGACAUCACAGAUGUUCCUGCUCCGGCACUCUUAACCAUAAAAGGGAUUUCCUUCCUGUACUCCUGACCAUAAAAGGGUUUUCCUUCCUACACUCUUAUCUUGGAGCAAGAGGUCACCAACUCCAAGAACACACUCUGGCGCUGUUCCCAGACUAGGUCUGUGCGUCAGUGUGGUCAGGACGUAAGAUAAGACCUAGACGUGUCAUCCCUGUUCUACUGGAGCAGCCAAGGUCAUCCUUGCCGUCAUGAACUGAUAAAGGAGAGGGCUCUGAGCACUUGUUUAUACAACCGGGUUUUUGUUUAUACAUUGACUCAGAGCUCAAGUUAAUGGAUUUUAGCUAAGGAAAAAUAGGGAUUUUGGUGCCUGUUUUAAACUGCCUGCACAGUCAGUUUUGGGUUUGGGAAACCCAUUCCUUCAAAAUCAGGGUGAUGACCACAAUCUUUGGCUGACUGCUAAGGCAAGUUAAAAUAUAAGGAUGGGUUUUUAGGGGGUGGAUGUUGCUCUGCUCUAAGAAGCCACAUUGUGUUGUCUAAUGCAGUGAUUUCCUUGUCCCAGCUCGAUCGUUUCUGAUUUGCUUUGGAUUUCUGUGCAAUUCUGACAUUCCUCACCUGGUUGAAGAGUAGCGCAGACUAAAAAAACAUGACCUUCAGAACCCACAGAUGCACCAGUGCUUUCCUACUGCCUGAGCCUCCUGCUCUGAUGGUCCACGUUGCAUUGCUUCAUGGAAGCUUGGCUGCUUUGCGCCGGCCCGUCUGCAACCAAGGAGACUUCAAAGCAGCCUUUUGCCAUCCUGGUGCAUUCCAGACGUUUUCGACCACAGCUCCCCUCAGCCCCAGCCAUCCUUGGAAGUCGUGGGCCAUAAGAUCUGGAGGGCGCUGUUAGGUUAUACCGUAUUUUUCGCUCUAUAGGACACACUUUUCCCCCUCCAAAAAUGAAGGGGAAAUGUGUGUGCGUCCUAUGGGGCGAAUGCAGGCUUUCGCUGAAGCCUGGAGAGCGAGAGGGGUCGGUGCGCACCGACCCCUCUCACUCUCCAGGCUUCAGGAAGCUAUCCGCAAGCCUUCGGUACCUGCCGGGAGUUCCCGCCGGGCUCUCCAGGCUUGCGGAUAGCAGCAAGCUCCAGGAGCGCACAACCUCACCGCCGCUCCCAGACCCGUUCUGGGGUCGGGGGAAGCUCGGGCUUCCCCCACCCCAGCCCCGCGGCUAAAAAGGAAGCCAAGACAGCGAGCAGGAUCCAUCCCGCUCGCUGUCUUGGCUUCUUUGCCUUUUGGGGCUGGGGGGGUGGUGAAAUAAUUUUUUUUCUUUAUUUCCCCUCCCCCCCCAAAAAAACUAGGCGCGCCCUAUGGUCCAGUGCGCCCUAUGGAGCGAAAAAUACGGUAGUUCCGUUCCACCCUAAAAGGGAACAGGCUGUUGUGUGUCACAUGCCUGUUUACUUCCAGCACUCGCUGGGAACUUCCGUUUGUAUAUAGCUUUUGUGUUAACUGCUGUUUUGCUGGAGAUGAAGGGAAGCAGACAUGUUUUCCUUUGUUCUGGAACUAUGCUCAAUAACAUGCUGUACAUUAUGCUUGCACAUCUCUCUGUCCGCCUCUGUGAGGUGAUUUACACACACUGCUGACAGAGCAUGCACGAGUCUCAAAACAUAUCUGAGGCUCGUGUCGCUGUUUGAUGCUGUUCCAAGAGAGACCGGCUGCCAGCCGGUGGCUGGAGCCAGCUGGGGGCCUGCCUGAUGGCCCCUGUCUUCCCGGCAGCAUCCCAACAGCCACGAGGUUGGCAAACGCUGCUUCAAUAAGUAUCUUCGCGUGUUUCUGUGUUUUGUCUUAUUGCCUGCACUGAACCUUCCAGGACUGGGCAGGUUAGAAAUGUAAAGGGCGAUACUUUGAGACUCUCAUCUAACGGGGUGGGGAGAGGCACCAAAAUAUUUAGAAGCACCCUUCUGGACACCCGUGUGCUUUUCUGGCCUUGCCACGUGCUUGCUGGGAGAGGUCUGAGCUGGGUUUUAGGGAGCUUUUUGUGUAGCUCUGGGAGACAAUAGAGGCCCUGUUCUUCCUGGCUGCGGCAGAUCGUGGGCAUGUCAGCUUGCUCAUCCCUUGCAGUGGGAAUUGCCUGGUGGGAGGAGGGUACAAGAAGCAGCUGCCUCUUACCGUGUCUGUCUGGAGGGGAAGAUUGGCCAAGGAGUCUGUUCUGAAAAGGUGUGUCUCUAUUCCCAGCUCCUUGGCCCAAUCUGCAAGGGCUUGAGAGCAGCCUCGUUCCAAGAUUUACCGUAUUUUUCGCUCUGUAGGACGCACCGGACCACAAGACGCACCUAGUUUUUAGAGGGGGAAAUCAAGAAAGCUUCUCGGGGCUGCAGGGGAAGCACGGGUCCCCCCCCCCAGCCCCAAAGAGCAAAGAAGCCAAGACAGUGAGCGGGAUCCAUCCCGCUGGCUGUCUUGGCUUCUGCCAUAGCCGUGCAACCUCUCCAGCCAGGAGCUAAACCUCUCCAGCGCGGCUAAAGAAGCGUGGCUAAAGAAGCCAAGGCAGCGAGCGCAAUCCAUCCUGCUCGCUGCCUUGGCUUCUGCCAUAGCCGCGCAACCUCUCCAGCUGGGAGCUAAACCUCUCCAGCGCGGCUGAAGAAGCCAAGGCAGCGAGCGCAAUCCAUCCUGCUCGCUGCCUUGGCUUCUGCCAUAGCCGCGCAACCUCUCCAGCUGGGAGAGGCUGUGCAAGGCUAAAGAAGCCAAAACAACGAGCGGGAUGGAUCGCACUCGCUGCCUUGGCUUCUUUAGCCUUGCGCAGCCUCUCUCAGCUGGAGAGGCUGCGCGCGGCUAUGGCAAUUCCCCCACCUCCCACAAAAGCCCACAGGAGCCGCGCACCCUUUAAGGAGCACGCGGCUCCUGUGGGCUUUUCUAUGAGGAGGGAGAAGGGACGGACUGGCCACGUCAGUCCCUUCUCCCUCCUGGGCAAAAGCCCGCAAGAGCCACGCGAAGCUUGUGUGCGGCUCUGGGGGGCUUUUCCUGCCUGCCUCCCGCCUGCAUUCGCUCCAUAGGACGCACAGACUUUUCCCCUUAGUUUUUAAGAGGGAAGAAGUGCGUCCUAUGGAGCGAAAAAUACGGUACGUCUCUCAACCAUCAGAGCAACUGGGUACUUGGUCAAUUUUCAUUGGGGGACAGGUCCCCUGACAUUUCUGGAAAGAUGGCCUCUUUCGCCUUUAGGAUCACAGUUUUGAGGAGGAACAUUGAGUUAAAUUCUUCAGGGAAACAAAUUUUUAUUGGGCAGAAUGCCUAGUUUCAAUAACCACGUUAACUGGGCAAAGUGUUUUUAUUCUGUUGGAUGUAUCUUGCUCUGUUACGGCUUUUCGGCUGUGCAAAUGAAUAAUAAAAUACUCUCCGUAGUAGUAGGCAGGGGGAGACGGCCUGGGGAGCCGCUGCCUAUUGGACAAUGCCGCCACUCACCCUUUCCCUCUCUCCUCCCCCAGGCGCAUUGCAUUCCAUGCUCGGAGCAAUGGACAAAAGAGUAUCUGAGGAGGUAAGUCUUUGUGCUUUCAGUUCCCCCCCUCGCCAGGUUAAUAGCAUCAAAGGCACCUCCAAUUAGUAUUUUGGGGCUUAUAAAAAAUCCAGUUUUUUAAAGAGCUUAGUUAAAAUUCUCACCAUCGUCAGCAGGGUUGCUUCCUAUGAGCCCAAUGCAUGUAGCAGUGCAUUUGCUUAUUUAGGUACGGUAAUUUAUUGUUUCGCCUUUUUUGUUUCGCCUGUUUUGUAAACCGCUUUGAUUUUCUAAAAGCAAAUGGUAUAUAUAGAUAUAUAAUUUUUUUUUGAGAGAGAGAAAUUCAGUUUGUGUGCAUUUGGGUUGAUCUUCCUUGGGGGUCUUCUAGCUGGGAUUGUUGAAAAUGCAACUCUCUCCGCACCCCCCCCAAAAAACCCCCAUUCUGUCUUGCAGGGCAUGAAGGUCUCUUGCACCCAUUUCCAGUGUGCGGCGGGGGCUUUUGCUUACCUCCGGGACCACUUCCCUCAUUCCUACAGCGUAGACAUGAGCCAUCAGAUCCUUAACCUCAAUAUCAACCUCAUGCUGGUAAGAGCUGGGGGUGGGGUGAGGGGAAGUCCCUCUGGCCUGGUCUGCCCCUUGGCAAAGGUGCUGAGAAUGGAAGGGGAGUCAAAGGGCCAACUAGUCCACUUGCAGUGGCCAACCAGAAGCCCUAAUAGGAAACCAGCAAGCAGGAUUCGAACACAAGACCCUCUUUCUCCCCUCCUGUGGCUUCCACUAACUGGUACCCAGAAGCACUUACUGCCUCCAACUGUGGAGGCUAGAGCCAAGCCAUCGUGGCUAGUGGCCAUUGACAGCUGUCUCCUCCAUGUAUUUCCAAAGCAGAGGACAGAGCAGGGCGACUCACUGUUGUAACUGGGCUGGGCGAUUUUAAAAUGUGCUUCCUAGAGGUGAUCUCUGCUCAUGCGACAGUAGCUGCAGUGGACUGCUCUCUUGAGGUCACCUGCAGCCUUGCGUCCAAGACUAUAGAACACCGUAACUGAGAGCAUCUUGUAUGCCCCGCAGAGGACCUUAAGGUCCAUGAAUAACCAUAGUUUAGAGGUCCCGGGCCCUAAGGAAGUCAGAUUAUCCUCUACCAGGGCCUUCUCAGUGAUGGCUCCGACCCGGUGGAAUGCUCUGUCCCACGAGACCAGGGCCUUGCUGGAUUUAACUUCCUUCUGCAGGGCCUCUAAGACAGAGCUAUUCCGCCUGUCUUUGAAUUUGAACUUAGCCUGAUCUUUUAUUCCCCUUCCUUCCCUCCCCCUCCCCUUUUUAUGAAGAUUACCCCUCUGGGAUCCCACAGCUAAUUCUCCCCUGGUCUCCUCGCAGGCCCAAAUAGGACUAAUUUAGCCAGCUAGCCCUGACGAUCAUCUGAUGUUUAUUGGCUGGAUUUCCCCCCAAAUUGAUUUUUGAAUUCUGAAUUUAUUGUUAUUCACGUCUUAUACUGUAGUUUAUGCUGUUUUUUGUUGCAUCAAUUAAGUGUUUUAAAUUUGUUGUUAGCCACCCUGAGCCCGGUUUUCUGAACCGGGAAGGGCGGGGUAUAAAUAAAAAAUUAUUAUUAUUAUUAUUGUUUAUUUCUUCGUCUCCUGCAUGUCUAAAGGGCCAGGCCCAGGAGUGCCUUCUGGAGAAAUCGAUGCUGGACAACCGGAAGAGCUUCCUUGUGGCCAGGAUCAGUGCCCAGGUGAGCAGUUUGGGGAGCCUUGAACUUGGGUGGCUAAUGCCUGAAAAGUGGCCUCCCCCUGAGCCUGGGGAAGGUUAGAGGCCUUCCUCUAAAGCAGCCAGGUGCAUUUUUUGUUGUGUAGUUAGGUUUGCUUGACAGGGCUGUCCCACAUUCCCUCCCCGAUGGAGCUGUAGGGUUAGAAGAGAUCCCCAAAGGCCAUCUAGCCCAACCCCUUGCAAUGCAGGAAUCCCAGCUCAAGAAUCCCUGACAGAUGGCCGUCCAAAUUCUGCGUUAAAACCUCCAGUGAAAGAGAGUCCACUUGCCUUUAGAAAGUUCUUCAGUAGGGUUCUCCUUUCUCGUGGUACGCAUCUGUUGGUUCGGCUCCUGCAGUGGGGAAAAUUUGUCAGCAUCUAAAGCAGCAGUCAUUCAGAACCUUUCCUGCCCUCCCAAAUUCCCUUCCCAAGGUGGUGGAUUACUACAAAGAAGCGUGUCGAGCUUUGGAGAACUCUGAAACAGCCUCUCUGCUGGGGAAGAUUCAGAAGGACUGGAAGAAGCUGGUGCAGAUGAAGAUCUACUAUUUCGCUGCCGUGGCCCAUGUGAGUAUCCUGGGCGGACCCUGCUCUGGUGAGCUGGGCUUCACCCAACAUGACCUCCCCACACUUCAUCCUUUGGUUAGGUAAAGGUAAAGGGACCCCUGACCAUUAGGUCCAGUUGUGGCCGACUCUGGGGUUAAGGUGCUCAUCUCACUUUACUGGCCGAGGGAGCCGGCGUACAGCUUCGGGGUCAUGUGGCCAGCCUGACUAAGCCGCUUCUGGCAAACAGAGCAGCGCACGGAAACGCCGUUUACCUUCCCGCCGGAGUGGUACCUAUUUAUCUACUUGCACUGGUGUGAUUUCGAGCUGCUGGGUUGGCAGGAGCAGGGACUGAGCAACGGGAGCUCACCCCGUCGCGGGCAUUUGAACCGCCGACCUUCUGACCGGCAAGUCCUAGGCUCUGUGGUUUAACCCACAGCUCCACCCGCAUCCCUUGGUUAGAUAAGAUAAGAUAAAACUUUAUUCGCAUUAGCCAAUGGCCAUAGCAACAGUAAAACAUUACAGUAUAUGCAGAAAAGGAAGUUUGAUAUAAGAGCACAAUUCAAAGUCCUGAAUCAGCCAUCGGUUAGUGGCCCUUAUUCUGAUUGCCCCUGCUAUGAACCUAGCGACAGUAAUUAAUUAAUACGUUUGUGCAGAUAUGGGGCCAGAGAUUCAAAAUGGAGAGGUGGAAAAUAAACAUACCCUAUCUGCCUGUGGACUGCUUCGCCAGAGUGGUGCAUGCUCUGGUUAUCUCUCGCUUGGACUACUGCAAUGCGCUCGUAUGUGGGGCUACCUUUGAAGGUGACCCGGAAACUACAACUAAUCCAGAAUGCGGCAGCUAAACUGGUGACUGGGAGCAGCUGCUGAGACCUCAUAACUCCGGCCUUGAAAGAACUACAUUGGCUCCCAGUACGUUUCCGGGCACAAUUCAAAGUGUUGAUGCUGACUUUGAAAGCCCUAAACGGCCUUGGCCCAGUAUACCUGAAGGAGUGUCUCCACCCCCAUUGUUCUGCCCGGACACUGAGGUCCAGUGCUGAGGGCAUUCUGGCGGUUCCCUCACUGCCAGAAGCCAAGUUACAAGGAACCAGGCAGAGGGCCUUCUCGGUAGUGGCGCCCGCCCUGUGAAACACCCUCCCACCAGAUGUCAAAGAGAAAAACAACUACCAGACUUUUAGAAGACAUGUGAAGGCAGCCCUGUUUAGGGAAGCUUUUAAUGUUUAACAGAUUAUUGUUUUUUAAUAUUUUGUUGGAAGCCGCCCAGAGUGGCUGGAAAAGCCCAGCCAGAUGCGCGGGGUACAAAUUAUUUAUUUAUUAUUAUUAUUAUCCUUUGGUUUGUGUUGGAACCUGAAGGUUCUUAUUGGCUCUGUCGUCUCAACCCUCACCGGGAUGGGAGCACUGGAAUGAGGCUUUAUGGGAAGAACUCACCUGUCUGUUCCUCCCAGCCCCUUCCGUCUGUGGGGUUAUGUGUGUGGGUUGAGCUUUUGAUUUCAGCUUCCUGCGCGAGGGAUGAGGGUUUGUGGGACGGAUGGAGGCGAUGCCAGAUUGUGAGGUGGUGCCUGGGACCAACCCAGGGGUGCUGUGUCUGGCUGGCUGCUACAAGAACUGUGAUUCUUCUCUGUCUUUCAGUUGCACAUGGGUAAGCAGGCGGAGGAGCAGCAGAAGUACGGCGAGAGGGUAAGACUGUUUGCUUCCAAAGUUCUGGGGUGGGUGGAGAACUCACAGACUGCUUGCUGCGGUCAAUCUCCUGGACGAUGAGAGGCGAAAAGAUAGCCAGAUUCAAAUACCUGAAGGGCUGUCACGUGGGCGAUGGAGCAAGCUUGUUGCCCUCUGCCCCAGAGAGUGGGACCGGAACCAGCAGUUUCAAAUGACGAGGAAGGAGAUUCCGACUCAAUAUUGGGAAGAAUUGACAGCAGGAGCCGUUUGACAGUGGAACAGGCUCCCUCGGAAAGUGGUGGGCUCUCCUUCUUUGGAGGUCUUUAAACAGAGGUUCUCUGGCCAUCUGUCAGUGAUUUUAAGCUGUGUCCCUGCAUUGCAAGGGGUUGGACUAGAUGUCCUUUGGGGUGCCUUCCGAUUCUACAAUUCUGUGAUUCUGCAAUAGGUGAGGGGUAGAGAGGCUUGGGCAGGUUUUACGCUGUCCGUGGUGUUGGAACCUUGUAAUACAGGCAUAUAUAUAGAUAUGGAUAUAGAUAUACACACACACACACAGUGGUACCUCGGGUUACAUACGUUUCAGGUUACAGACGCUUCAGGUUACAGACUCCACUAACCCAGAAAUAUUACCCUGGGUUAAGAACUUUGCUUCAGGAUGAGAACAGAAAUCAUCCUCCGGCGUCAUGGCGGCAGCAGGAGGCCCCAUUAACUAAAGUGGUGCUUGAGGUUAAGAACAGUUUCAGGUUAAGAACGGACUCCGGAACGAAUUAAGUACUUAACCUGAGGUACCACUGUGUGUGUGUGUGUGUGUGUUUUAACAUACCAUUUUCAACAGUAAUUAAACAUACUUUUACAUCUUAGUCAAUUUUUUUGACUUCCACCAGUCCUGUCUGGAAAUUUCCCAAUUGAAUCUCUUAGUAUGCAUUUCUUAUUUUCCCUAUUACAUUUCAAACUCGUAACCAAUAUUUCUACCGUUUUCUACUUUAUAACACUUCGUAUGUUUCUCCUUACAAAACUUGUUGUAGUCCUACUAGUGUAAUUUGUCGAUUGCAGCUGCUCUUCAAAUAAUUCAUAUACUUCUUCCAAUCUUCUGUAAAUCUCUGGUCCCGCAGGUUUCGAAUCCUUCCUGUCAUUUUGUCCAAUUCUGCAUAGUCCAUUAAUUUCGUCUGCCACUCUUCUUUCGUCAGAAUUGUCAGAAUUUCUUCUCACUUCUGUUUCUGGGCUAACAGUACUCUUGCCCCAAACAGCGAAACCUUCAGCAUUGCCCUUGUACUGUUGAUGUUACAAUAACUGAAGGACAGCUGUUUUGGGGAGAUGGGUUUAGAUGGGCUCCAGGAGCCAAGGGGAGGAGGCAGAGGGCACAGCGAGGAAGCCAAACCUUCUCUCCCGGGCACAGACCUCCCUUUGAAGCCCUUGCCAGGAUGAGUCCAGAAGGAGCUUCUUCUGUUCCCUCGCCACGUCUGUGACUACCUAAGGCCCUAGUCCUCACACAUGGCAGGUGUGGCGGAAGCCCUGCGAAUGGACUUCAGGCUGCAAGUGGGGCUUCUUGUGAUGAGAUGACCCUCUGUUAUGGCACUCCCCGCGUGCAAGUUCUCUACCUGCAGGGAAUUUGUGUGUGUUAUAAGAAAGACUGCUUUAUGGGGUAUUCCAGAGCCUAUAUCAAGUCCUUAAGUGGGUUCCCUAUUGGUAGGAGAAAGUAACAGGGGCCAACCAGAGUAUAUUGAGAAGCAAAGUGGCUAGUAAGCCUGAUCUUUAUUCAAGGAACUGUUGCAACAGGGUCCCCACUUACCACACGCAGGAGGGAGGAGAACCUUGAACAGUGGUGCACAAGCCCCUAUAUAGACCUUUGAAAUUCCCCAUCCUGUAGCCCAAGACCAGCCCCCUGAAACAUCAUACAUACAUCACAGAAGGGAGGCGGUCUCCAGCAGAAAUCCUGUCUUCCAGGAUACUGAUAAUGGUCACUGGCUGCGUUACCCGGGCAGUCUAGCCUAUUCAUAUACAAAUACGUCCUUAAGACAGGAUUUGCAAGCAAAAAGGCAGAGGGAAGGGUUUCCCCAUUUGCCCCCCCUUACUGCAGUGGACUAUUUGAGGUCAUUGGGAGAGUCAAAAUGGCUUCGGGAUUGCUCUCCCAUACUAUUUCACACAUGCUGUUCAUAUAUUUAGAUAUGCGUGCAUUUAUGAAUAUUUAUUCUAAGUCUGAGACCUUAAAAUUCUUAUAACGUGUGUGAGAGAAAGGCUCAGUUUUCUUACUUUUAAUAGAAAGCAUAGCCCGUUUGACAGUGGACUUUGGUUGUCUGAAUCUCUGCCCCCUUUGCAGGUCAUCUACUUCCAGAGCGCUCUGGACAAGCUCAAUGAAGCCAUCAAACUGGCCAAGGUACACCUUUCUUCCUACCCCCUUCCCGAAAGUGGCUUGAAAAGUUAUUUAGUUAAACUCUGGAGGCAAUGAUGGCCCCCAGCUUGGAUGGCUUUAAAACAGGAUUGGACCAAUUGAUGGAGGAGAGGGCUGUUGAUGGCUGCGCCCCCUCCCCGCUGCCCCCCUUGCCUCUUAGCUUCCCCUAGAGCAGGGGUCUGCAACCUUUAAGACAAAAAGAGCCACUUGGACCCGUUUCCGAAGAAAAAAAAACUGGGAGCCGCAAAACCGCCCCCAUGCGACGUCACAGCCAGUACAGCGCCCGCCACAGUGGGGAGUGUCGGGGUGCACAAUGCGCCUCCUCCCCUCGCUAGUAUCCGCCCUGGAGCCGCGGCAAAGGUGUAAAAGAGCCACAUGCGGCUCCGGAGCCGCAGGUUGCAGACCCCUGCCCUAGAGAAUCCCCCCAAGGGACACGGGUGGUGCUGUGGGUUAAACCACUGAGCCUAGGGCUUGCCGAUCAGAAGGUCGGCGGUUCGAAUCCCCGCGACGGGGUGAGCUCCCGUUGCUCGGUCCCUGCUCCUGCCAACCUAGCAGUUCGAAAGCAUGUCAAGUGCAAGUAGAUAAAUAGGUACCGCUCUGGCGGGAAGGUAAACGGCGUUUCUGUGCGCUGCUCUGGUUCGCCAGAAGCGGCUUGGUCAUGCUGGCCACAUGACCUGGAAGCUGUACGCCAGCCCCCUUGGCCAAUAAAGCGAGAUGAGCCUCGCAACCCCAGAGUCGGCCACGACUGGACCUAAUAGUCAGGGGUCCCUUUACCUUUACCUAGAGAAUCCCCCCAGUGGCUGCUACUGCCUACUUUGGGAAUUGUUGGUGUACCUUUAUCCUGCCUCCCGCCAUCUCUGCCUGCGGACCCCCUGCUUAUUAUGGAUAUGUUUUGAACCUGACAAUUCUUCUUGCAGGGUCAGCCUGAGACGGUACAGGAAGCCUUGAGGUUCACCAUGGAUGUCAUUGGAGGAAAGUGAGUCGCUGCUACCUGUUAACUCUUUGCGUGCAUGGGCCUGGGUCCCUGUCACACCAGUUCCCUUCACUAAUCUCUGCUCUGCACCAAGAGAACCUGCCUGGUGCAGAGAGAGAGAGCGAGAGCACUCCUGUCUGGAAAUUGGGAGAGCCACUGCCAGUCAGAAGUCAGAUGUUGACGGGUCUGAUGGUCUCACCCGUAGACCUUUGCUUUGCUCAGUUCUGCUCUUCCAGGCAUUCCCUCCGUAUUUUUGUGAUUCUGUGAAACCAUGAGGACUAGAAAACCUUUUUUUUAAAAAAAAAACACUUAAUUAAUUUUAUUUAUACCCCGCCCUCCCCGGCCAGAGCUGGGCUCAGGGCAGCUAACACCAGUAGAAUCACAGUAAAAACAUAAUAGGGGAAAAAGAAAAAGAAAAGAAAAUACAGGUUAAAAUGCAAUUUAAAAUUUAAAAUGCAGCCUCAUUUUAAAAGCAGCCCAUGGAUCAAAACCGUAAGGGGAGGGAAACAUAAGGGUCAGACUCAGUCCAAACCAAAGGCCAGGCGGAACAGCUCUGUCUUGCAGGCCCUGCGGAAAGAUGUCAAGUCCCGCAGGGCCCAGUCUCUUGGGACAGAGCGUUCCACCAAGUCGGGGCCAGUACUGAAAAGGCCCUGGCCCUAGUUGAGACCAAUCUAACCACCUUGCGACCUGGGACCUCCAAAAUGUUGUCAUUUGUGGACCAUGCAUUUGGAUUCCUAAGUUACUCUACAUAGAGUAAUGAAUUCAAGAAACGCACGCAUGGGAGAAGAACGAGGUGCUGGGAGGUCCCACACCCUUUUAGUGCGAGACAAGGGUUAAGAUCUCCCUCUGAUAGAGGGCUUUGCAUUAUUUUCUUCCUCUUUUUUUAUUUCCUUUUUCCAUUUUUAUUCAGAUUCAUCUGUCCUUUUAUCGUAUUCUAUGUUGGGAAAGUUUCAAUUGAAAAAGAAAGACAUGCACACAGAUUUGCAAGUUUUCACUUUGGGCUUGGGAAGCAAGGAGUUACUGACCAGAACACCCCCCGCCUCCUUCCCUCUUUCCAAGUUUGGCUUUUACCUAGUAUUCCCCACAUUUCUGGAGGGCCCCCCCACACACACCAAAAAAAUCCGACUGUCUGUAGUUGUAGUUCCUCUGACUUUGGGUGUGGGGCAUCCCUAAACAUAACACCCUUUGAAAACCCUUUGAUAUUGGUUGCUUUCUUGGAACUGUACUUGGAGCAAAAAUAUGUGAUACUUCUUCCUGGGCAUCUGCCCCCAAAGAGCCGCCCCCCCAGCAGCAAUGCCCUUCAAGCCUGUUGUCGCUUUGCAGGUACAACUCUGCCAAAAAGGACAAUGACUUCAUCUACCACGAGGCUGUCCCUGCUCUGGAUACCUUGCAGUCAGUGAAAGGUAAAGUCAAGACACUCUGUUUUCACAGAAUUGUAAAGUUAGAUGGGGCCCCCAGCGGUCAGGAGUUCGGCCUACACUCGAGUAGGACCCUGGCAGAGACACAUGCCCGACUGGCAUGUUCUCUCCCUCCUGGUCAAUCGUUCGGGAGCUUCAAAAGCUUUCUUCAGCCCGAACAUCACAGCGACCGAUGCCAACCGACACUGGCACACUUAGGGAUCUGCAGAGUCUUUGCAGCUUGCGUGACAGAACCCCAGCAAAUCAGCAUUUUGGCUAAUCUACUUUAUUUACAUAUAAACACACACGGAGCACUGCAACAUGGCUCCCUCUCUCUAGCAUCAGACAGCAAAGAGAAAAAGAACAGUCCCACUUCACGGAACACAGUAACACAAACAUCCUGUCUCCGUCACUUCCCACUCUGUGGAGUCAAAACAUAUACCGUCAUGUGAAAGACAACAGUCCCAUGACUGCAAUCAUGGAGCAGGAAUUCUAACAGUCCCACCCCGCUCCAAUGCAGGAAUAUCUUCUCCGACGUGGGACUCAAACCCACAAGCCUGAGAUUAAGAGUCUCACGCUCUACCAGCUGAGCUAUCCCAGCUUUGGAGCAACCGCUAUCGCCUUCUCUGCCUGCUGGUCUUGGGUAGGGCAGAAGGAGCCCAUCAUUCCCAAACCAGGCGCCCUCCAGAUGUUUUGAACUACAACUCCCAUCAUGCAUUUUUUUUUGCAACAUCCAUCAAAUUGUAUGUAGCACAGGGCUACCCAAAGCAUAAAUAUGCAGCAGGUGGUUUUGAAAGCUGAUCGGCAUCACUUUUGGCCGCCUUUUGAUAACGAUCAAAAACUUCCUUAUUCUCCCAGGCUUUGAGCAGAGGCUAGCGGGGGAUCUUACGUCAGAUGUUUCCUGCUGACGCAGUGAUAUUGGGGAAGGUUUUGCUGCAUCUUGAUGGGCUGGGCUUUUGUGGCAGGGAUCAGCUGCUGUCUUACUUUUUGUUGUGGGCUAUUUGAACUGCUUUACAACUUGUUAAAUCGCUACCCACAAAAGUGAGGAAGGGUGGGAUAUAAAUGUAGUCGUAAUAAUAAAAGCCAAAUAAGCAUGCAGGACUGGGUAAACUCAGACAUUUACAGAAGCUACAAGGUUAUUAGCACUCCAUGGGUCCAGUGUAGCCUAGGUAUCACCUCUAGGGACGCGGGUGGUGCUGUGGUUUAAACCACUGAGCCUCUUGGGCUUGCCGAUCAGAAGGCCGGCGGUUCGAAUCCCCACAACGGGGUGAGCUCCCGUUGCUCGGUCCCUGCCCCUGCCAACCUAGCAGUUCAAAAGCACACUAGUGCAAGUAGAUAAAUAGAUACCACUCCUGCGGGAAGGUAAACGGCAUUUCCGUGCGCUCUGGUUUCCGUCACGGUGUUCUGGUGCGCCGGAAGCGGUUUAGUCCUUCUGGCCACAUGACCCGGAAAACUGUUUGCGGACAAACGCCGGCUCCCUUGGCCUGAAAGCAAGAUGAGCGCCAAAACCCCAUAGUCGCCUUUGACUGGACUUAACCGUCCAGGGGUCCUUUACCUUUACCUUUUUUAGGAAUCAACUCUCUGUCCUCAAGUGCUUUAUUAACCCAAUAUUAUUAACCCAAUAUUAUUAACCCAAUAUUAUUAACCCAAUAUUUACUUCAUCUGCAGGCGCUCCUCUGGUGAAAGCCCUUCCCGUCAACCCCACAGACCCGGCUGUCACAGGCCCUGACAUUUUUGCCAAGCUGGUUCCAAUGGCUGCCCAUGAGGCCUCCUCGCUCUACAGGUGAGCAGCUGCUUUGCAUUCUGGGAGACUGUUUGGCCUGCCAGGUCCAUUGGGGGAGGGGGGCUGCAGGAAAACAGGUGGAGAUUAAAGGGUCAAGAUCGGAGGAUUGAUAACAAGAAGAAGAAGGAGAAGAAUUUAUUAUUUAUACGAAGAAGAAGAAGAAGAAUUAUUUAUACCCUGCCCCUCUGGCUGGGUUUCCCCAGCCACCCUAGGUGGCUCCCAACAGAAUAUUAAAAACACGAUAAAACAGCAAAAAUUAAGAACUUCCCUAAACAGGAAGAGGGUGGGAGUAUUGUGGGCCAAGAGUUGACAUGUGCCUAGAUUUUAACUUCCGGGAGAAACUUCGGAAAAGCAACCUGAAAUUUACUGCAUUUUAUUCAUUGAAAGAGAAUUAUUUGAGAAGGAUCCAUAGAUGGUAUUUAACUAGAUUGGCUAAGUUAUAUAAAACAGAAUCAGAUAUGUGUUGGAAGUGUAAAGAAGCAGAGGGAAUCUUUUUUUCAUACGUGGCGGACAUGCAAAAAGUUAAAAGUGUAUUGGGAAAUAAUUUAUAAUGAACUGGAAAAAAAAGUUCAAAAUUACUUUAAAAAAACAAAUAAACCCCAGAGCCCUUUUUAUUGGGAAUAAGCCAGACAUAAAUUCCUAGGUGUCAGAAAAGAUUAUUUAUCUAUGCUACAACUGAGGCCCAUGUUUUUUUAGCCCCAAAAUGGAAAGUGAGCGAGGUCCCAACUGAAGAAGAAUGGCAAUUUAAGUUGACAGAAUAUGCAGAACUUGCAAAUUUAACACACAGAAUAAGAGAGCAAGAAGAACGUAUAUUUAAAGAAGGAAAACGUUUAUUGAGUACAUACAGCUGAAAACUCUGGCAGCAUUAAGAUAAAUUCAACAAAUGAUUUUUGAUGGAUGUUAAAGCAGAAAACUGAUUUGAAUGGUUAUAGUAAAAUACGCAGGAAUGUGUGAUAUGUAAAAUGUACCAUGCAAGGAGAAGAAGGGAAGUCAUCGGAUAUUUAAAAGUUUGUAAAAUGGUUUUUUUUUUGAAAUGUAAAAUUGAAAACAAUGAAAAUUAUUAUCUAUAAGAGAGAGUUGAUAUGGGCCAUGAUAGGGCAUGAGAGAUUGUCUCGCUCCUUACACCCCCAGUCGAUCACUGCAGUCUGUAGGCAAGGAACUCCUUUAGGCAUCAACUGGAGGUCUGUUCAUCACAGUGUAGGAACUAGACCUUUAAUUCAGUUGCGCUACCCUGUAGAAUUCCUCCCCUUUGAAUAAUCAUAUUAAUAAUAAUAAAUAUGCUGCCCAUUUGACUGCUUCUAAGCCUCUGUAUUUCUCUUUUUUCCUAUGAUUUUUAUUAAAUUUUCUGUUUUACAUUUUAGAAUAUUCAUUUAAACAAACUUAAAAUACCAAUGACUUCCCUUCUUCUCUUUCCAUGGUUCAUUUUGCAUAACAUAAAUCCCUGCAUAUUUUACAUAAACUAAACCAUUCAGUAUUCCAUAUUACACCCAUCAAAACUUAUUUACACAGUUGGAUUUAUCUUAAUGCUGCCGACGUUUUCAAGUGCUCACAAUCCCCCACCCCAUAUAUUCAAUAAACAUUUUCCAGUCUUCUUUAAACAUAUGUUCUUGUUCUCUUAUUCUACAAGUGCUGGAGAUGCAGUGAAGAUGAAGGUACGUUCUAUCGUAUGUUGUGGACCUGUUAAAGGGUAAAAUAGCAUUGGGAAAUAAUUUACAAUGAAUUGGAAAAAAAUGUUUAAAAGUACUUUCCAAAAAAACCCCAAAACCCAGAGUCCUUUUUGUUGGGGAUAAUUCAGAGGGAAAUACCCAGGUGUCAAAAAAGGCUAUUUAUGUAUGCCACUACUGCGGCCCGUGUUUUGCUAGCCCAAAAAUGGAAAACGAGUGAGGUCCCAACCAAAGAAGAAUGGCAACUUAAGCUGAUGGAAUACAUGCAGCUUGCGGACCUAACAUAUAGUCGUUCCUCGUUUUGCGGCCGGGAUACGUUCCGGAGCCCCGGCCUUUAGCCGAAAAGGACACAGGGCAAAGCGGUUUCUGCUUCUGCGCAUGCGUGAGCGGCAAACCCGGAAGUAACCCGUUCUGGUACUUCUGGGUUUGCCACGGACGUUAGUUGGAACGGACGCUAGACAAGGCGGACGUUCAAGAAGGUGUUGCUGUAUAGAAUAAGCCUCCGUGUUUCCCUUGCAGCGAAGAGAAGGCCAAGCUGCUGAGAGAAGUGAUGGCCAAGAUCGACGCCAAAAACGAAGUCCUGGAGUACGUAUUUAAGGCUCCCGGGAUCUGGGACCCUGAAGUUGGGACUGGGGGAAGCCACCGUGGAGGGUGGGGUGAGGGGGGCUGCCUCUUUGCUCACGGGUCACAGGGGUGGUCUCGCCGCAUCAUCAUCAUGCAUUUUUAUUUAUAUCCCGCCCUCCCCAGCCGAAGCCCAGCUCAGAGCGGCUAACAACAAUAAAAGUAACACAACAUUCUAAAAUCAGUUCAUUUUAAAAUCAAUUCAAAAUCAAAUUCAUGGCAGCCAUUGGGCUAGAGUUCUGUGAGGAUUACCAAAGAAGGGGGUCAGACUGUGCCUUGGCCAAAGGCCUGGUGGAACAGCUCUGUCUUGCAGGCCCCACGGAAAGAUGUCAAGUCCCGCAGGGCCCUAGUCUCUUGGGACAGAGCGUUUCACCAGAUCGGGGCCACAGCCGAAAAAGCCCUGGCUGUGGUUGAGGCCAGCCUAACCUCCCUGUGGCUCAGGACCUCCAAUAUGUUUUUGUUUGAAGACCGUUAGGUCCUCCGUGGGACAUACCAGGACAGGCGGCCCCGUAGGUACGAGGGUCCUAGGCCAUAUAGGACUUUAAAGGUUAAAACCAGCACCUUAAACCUGAUCCUGUACCCCACCGGGAGCCAGUGCAGCUGGUAGGGCACCGGGUGAAUAUGAUCCUGCGGCGAGGACCCCGUAAGGAGUCUUACACCCGCUGGAGUUUCUUAUAUUCAGGCCAAUAUGGUAAUAAAAACGGCGCCAGAAGAUGUCAUAUUUGGAAUUUCCCCUCUGAGAACGCAAAGUUGCUAAGUCAGUUUCUCCGAUGUGGCUAUAAAUAAGGCUUUUAAAAAGCAGUUUGUGUUAUAGCAGGCACCCCCGAACUCCAGAUGUUUUGGGACUACAGUUCCCAUCAUCCCUGACCACUGAUCGUGUUAGCUAGGGAUGAUGGGAGUUGUAGUCCUAAAACAUCUGGAGGGCCGAGUUUGGGGAUGCCUGUUGAUUUCCAGUCCUUCUGAGGCUCCGCCUAGGGAUGGGAUAAUCCAAGCUCUGCCGUGUGACCCCUCCUGCCACGCUUCUCUCUUUGUAGACAAUUCAUGGACUCGUUGCAGCUGGACCCCGAGACGGUCGACAACCUGGACAUGUACAAGCACAUCCCGCCCGUCUUGAUGGAGAAAUGCGCAGCGCUCAGCGUGCGCCCAGAGACCGUGAAAAACCUUGUUCAGUCCAUGCAGGGUAAGUUUAUGGGACUGGGGAUGAGGUGUGUAUGUCUGUGCAAAGAAGAGACCACUCGGGUUUUUUUCACUGAUGGAGAACUUGUGAUGGAGUUGCUGAGGGACUAACUGCUUGUUUAAACUUAUAUAGUAAUUGACUGUAAGCAUUUGUGUUGGAACACGUACAACAAUGUUAUACACUGGGGUUGGGAACCUGCAGCCUCUGGGCCAGUCUUGGCCUGCAAGACCAUUUCCCCCAAACCAUGCCCAUCAGCUGAUGUCUUUGGCGAUGUCAGCCGAUGGGUGGAGGACAGGAUUUUAAUCCUGGUUUGCAAGAUUGCACAGCCAAGGCGGCAGGAUCUAAUCCUUGCUAUUCCACUGAGCGGGACACGGGUGGCGCUGUGGGUUAAACCACAGAGCCUAGGACUUGCCAAUCAGAAGGUUGGCAGUUCGAAUCCCUGCGAUGGGGUGAGCUCCCGUUGCUCGGUCCCAGCUCCUGCCAACCUAGCAGUUCGUAAGCACGUCAAAGUGUAGGUACCGCUCCGGCGGGAAGGUAAAUGGCGUUUCCGCGCGCUGCUCUGGUUCACCAGAAGCGGUUUAGUCAUGCUGGCCACAUGACCCGGAAGCUGUACGCCGGCUCCCUUGGCCAAUAAAGCGAGAUGAGCGCCGCAACCCCAGAGUCGGCCAUGACUGGACCUAAUGGUCAGGGGUGCCUUUACCUUUACCUAUUCCACUGAGCAGCGAUCACAGCUGUGCGAGCCAGUGUGGUGUAGUGGUUAAGAGUGAUAGACUCGUAAUCUGGGGAACCGGGUUCGCGUCUCCACUCCUCCACAUGCAGCUGCUGGAUGACCUUGGGCUAGUCACGCUUCUCUGAAGUCUCUCAGCCCCACUCACCUGGGGGAGGAAGAGAAAGGAGAAUGUUAGCCGCUUUGAGACUCCUUCGGGUAGUGAUAAAGCGGGAUAUCAAAUCCAGACUCUUCUUCUUCUGCUGCUGCUGCUGCGCAAAAGCGCCCUUUGAAGCAGCUCACAGGCAGGAGUGAGCCUUUGCAAAGGCUCCUGAGCUUCCUUCUUGAGCCUCCGGAGGAUAAGUUGGAAAAGGGCUGCCAAAACGAUCAAGGGGAUUCAGCAACUCCCCUAUACAGAAAGGUGGCAGAGUUUGGGACUUUUUAGUUUGGAGGAAAAGUGAGAGGUGGCGUGAUAGCAGUUUAUGAAAUCAGGCAUGGCGUGGAAAAAGUGGGUAAAUAAAAGUUUUAUCUCCCUCUCUCAUAACACUAAAACUCAUAGACGUUCAGUGAAGCUGAAUGUUGGAAAAUUCAGGACAGAGAAAAGAAAGGAAUUCUUCACACAGAAGCGCAGUUAAACUGUGGAACUCCCUGCCACAGGAGGCCACCAUUCUAGAUGGCUUUAAAAGAGGAUGAGGCAAAUUCAUGGAGUAUAGGGCUAUCAUUAGCUUCUACCACGAUGCAGGCUUUGCUCUGCCCCCACAGCAGUUCCUGGAAACUGCCAGUUCCUGGAAACUGCAGGAACGGAGAGGGCUCCUGUGUUCGAAUCCUGCUUGCUGGUUUCCCACAGGCAUCUUGUUGGCCCUUGUGAGAACAGAAUGCUGGACUAGAUGGUCCGCUGGCCUGAUCCAAUAGGCUGUUCUUCUGUUCUCCUCCAAGUCUCUUUUCCUUUAAGUCCCCUGUCUUGUAGGCUUAAGAAGGAAGCAUUGGGAUCCUUAAAUUACCUGCCUAUAUGUUACCAAUACAGUGGUACCUCGGGUUAAGAACUUAAUUCGUUCCAGAGGUCCGUACUUAACCUGAAGCUGUUCUUAACCUGAAGCACCACUUUAGCUAAUGGGGCCUCCUGCUGCUGCCGCGCCUCCGGAGCAUGAUUUCUGUUCUCAUUCUGAAGCAAAGUUCUUAACCCGAAGCACUAUUUCUGGGUUAGCGGAGUCUGUAACCUGAAGCGUAUGUAACCUGAGGUACCACUGUAAUAAAUUUGUGUUUGUUUCUUCAAAACCUGCCAAGGAGCCCAGUUCAUUUUGUUGUUUCUUUUAAGUACUUUGUAAAAGGUUCCCAUUCUCCUUUAAAGUCACAGUUGUCCUUAUCACGGAGCUUGUGUGUCAGUUUCGCCAGCUCCAUAUAGUCCAUCAAUUUCCCUUGCCCACAGUUCUUUUGUCAAUAUGCAGAGAAUAACAUAUGCUGGAAAACCAGAGAGAGGAGCUGAAGGAACUCCGGGCUGGGGUGGGCUUUUCUUGGGGAGAAUGGAGGGGAAAAUAGAGGGGCUGGGAAAUGAGGAUGAUAUGUCUUUGAUAAAUGGUUAUGCUGAAAUUCUUAAUAAAAAUUAUAUAUAUAAAAAAGGAAGCAUUGGGGGACUUGGAAAAGGUCCUGUUCCCCCUUUAAGCCUCCGAGAUCAGGGGCUUAAGAGUCUGGAGCGUGGGGAGACUUGCAAAGGCGCAAGGGAUUUGGACGGAUGGGCAGCCCCGCCAGUGGUGUGAAAUCUCAAAAUCUCUCCCUCUUCUCCCCUCCAGCGCUCUCUGGCGUUUUCACGGACGUCGAAGCGUCUCUGAAGGAGAUCAAGGACCUGCUGGACGAGGACGAAGCCCAGGAGCAGAAGCUGCGAGAGGCGCUGGGGGGAAAGCUGCCCCCACAGCAGGGCUCCCCUCCCACCCCGCCCUCCUCCGGGCUGGCAGAAGUAGCCAAGGAAUGGGCCAAGUACAUGGAGGUGCACGAGAAAGCCAGCUUCACCAACACGGAGCUCCACAAGGCUAUGAACCUGCACAUCAGCAACCUGCGGCUGCUCAGCGGCCCCCUGGAGCAAGUGAGGGCCGCCUUGCCCACCCCCAGCCUGACGGAAGGUGAGGAGAACAAGGAAGGCGGUUGCCGCCGUCUCUUCUCUGUUACGGCUUUCUGCCGGUUGAGCCCACAGGCGCCGUGAAUCAUGGAUUCUUUAGCUGCGAUUCCUGCAUUGCAGGGGGUUGGUCUGGAUGACCCUUGGGGGUCCCGACUCUACAAUUCUGUGAUUCUACACUCUCUGAAAUAUGGGGGAACCCCCCGCUGCAUUCUCCUCCCCUGCUAAGCAGAGCUAUGUAAAGACCAGGGAUGCGGGUGGCGCUGUGGUCUAAACCACUGAGACUCUUGGGAUCGCCGAUCGGAAGGUCGGCGCUUUGAAUCCCCGUGACGGGGUGAGCUCCCAUUGCUCGGUCCCUGCUCCUGCCAACCUAGCAGUUCAAAAGCAUGCCGGUGCAAGUAGAUAAAUAAGUACCAAUGUGGCGGGAGGGUAAAUGGCGUUUCCGUGUGCUCUGGUUUCCGUCACACUGUUCUGAUGUGCCGGAAGUGGUUUAGUCCUGCUGGCCACAUGAGCCGGAAAGCUGUCUGUGGACAAACGCCGGCUCCCUUGGCCUGAAAGCGAGAUGAGUGCUGCAACCCCAGAAUCACCUUUGACUGGACUUAACCAUCCUGGGGUCCUUUGCCUUUACCUUUACCUAUAUAAAGACCAUUAUUACAUAUAUGUCCUGUCUUUCCUCCAAGAAGUUCAAGGCGGUGUGCACGAUUCUCCAUCUUAUCCUCACAACCACCCUUAUAAUAAUAAUAAUAUUUGAUUUGAUUUGAUUUGAUUUGCUGCCAUCAGGCAUUCAAAAACAUCAGGCAUUCAAAAACUCCCAAUAGAGGGCUUCAGAUGUCUUCUAAAUGUCAGAUAGUUGUUUAUCUCCUUGACAUCUGAUGGGAGGGUGUUCCACAGGGCGGGCACCACCACCGAGAAGGCCCUCUGCCUGGUUCCCUGUAACCUCACUUCUCUCAGGGAGGGAACUUCCAGAAGGCCCUUGGAGCUGGACCUCAGUGUCUGGGCUGGACGAUGGGGGUGGAGACGCUCCUUCAGGUCUACAGGGUCAAGCGGUGAGCUUCAUGGCAGCUUGGGGUGAUGUUUCAGGAUCUGCAGAGACUGAUUUCUAGAGCAGUUUCCUUCAGCCAUUUCAAAUCCAGGAUCCUCCUGCAACCCAAACAUACAUUUGGGGGAACCUGCUUCUUAAAGUUUCUCUCUCUCUCUUUACCCUGAUGAUAGUGCUGCUGUUGCCACACACCUGAGAUCAGGUUUCCGCCCAGUUGUGGGUCCCAGCUCACUGGUUGUAGGCCAUUCGACUCCGGGGCCACCCUUUCGGUAGAAGGAAUUAUUCAACGCCUGUUUUUAAAAAUGCAGACCAGAGUAUGGGAACAGGUCCACUUUGUUGUAAUCUAGAAUUAAUCCUGGUGCAGUAAUUGAAAUCCUGCACCUUAAAAAAAUAAAAAAAAUAAAACCAGUCUUUGCCAACCUGCUGCCCUGGAGAUGUCUUUGGGACUACAAAUCCCAUCAGCCCCUGUCUGUCUCUUUCCUCCAUAGACGACCAGCAGGCAAUGCAGACCUUGAAGCGGAUCCUGGCCAAAGUGCAGGAGAUGAAGGACCAGCGGGUCUCCCUGGAGCAGCAGCUGCGCGAGAUGAUCCAGAAGGACGACAUCACCACCUCGCUGGUGACGACAGACCGGUCUGAGAUGAAGGUGGGCGGCUGGGAGGGAGAGAGGCAGGGUGUCCGGUCGGCCGUUCUGCACCACCAUUGCCACCCAGUUCCUCCUGAAGCUGAUGGGAAAGAGAAUCAUAAGAAUAUAAGAGCCCCCCGGAAAAUAGACGGGCAAGUUAUGUAGUUGUGGCCACGAACUGCAUGAUGUUCAAAGAGGAUUAGUCAAGAUCACAAAGGAGAGGGCUGUUGGCUGUUGUCAGUUGUUCUCUGCCUCCAUGGUCGUCAUGUUGUUGUUUAGUCGUGUCCGACUCUUCGUGACCCCCUGGACCAGAGCACGCCAGGCACUCCUGUCUUCCACUGCCUCCCGCAGUUUGGUCAAACUCAUGCUGGUAGCUUUGAGAACACUGUCCAACCAUCUUGUCCUCUGUCGUCCCCUUCUCCUUGUGCCCUCCAUCGUUCCCAACAUCAGGGUCUUUUCCAGGGAGUCUUCUCUUCUCAUAAGGUGGCCAAAGUCUUGGAGCCUCAGCUUCAGGAUCUGUCCUUCCAGUGAGCACUCAGGGCUGAUUUCCUUCAGAAUGGAUAGGUUUGUUCUUCUUGCAGUCCAUGGGACUCUCAAGAGUCUCCUCCAGCACCAUAAUUCAAAAGCAUCAAUUCUUCGGCAAUCAGCUUUCUUUAUGGUCCAGCUUUCACUUCCAUACAUCACUACUGGGAAAACCAUAGCUUUUACUAUACGGACCUUUGUUGGCAAGGUGAUGUCUCUGCUUUUUAAGGUGCUGAAAAGCAAUGGUAAUAAUAAUAAUAGUAAUAAUAAUAAUAAUAAUAAUAAUAAUAAUAAUAAUAAUUAUUUAUACCCUGCCCUCCCCAGCCAAGACCGGCUCAGGGUGGCUAACACCAUGUAUAAAAACAAGAUUAAAAUACAACAUUAAAAUGCAGCCUCAUUUCAGUAGAAACUCAAAUCAAAAACUUUGGGGAUGAAAACGUCUAAUCUUCACCAAGGCCAACUAUCCAGACUGGUCCUACAUGGGCCAGAAAAAAGCCAGGGAAGUCCCCAAAUAGGUGUUCCAUCACAGAAGAAGAAAGGAAAGAGGGGAUCAAGUCGAUUCCAAGCCAAAGGCCAGGCAGAACAACUCUGUCUUACAGGCCCUGCGGAAAGAAAUCCGCUCCUGCAGGGCCCUGGUCUCAGGAGACAGAGCGUUCCUUGCUGGAAACCACAGGAGUGGAGAGAGGACUCUGGUGCUCAGAUGCUACUUGCAGGUUUACUAGAAAAGACAUCUGGUUGGCCACUGGCCUAAUCCAGAAGCCUCUGUUAUGUUCAGAGUAGCGAAAUGCAGCAGGAGCAACCUUUCUGGCGAAGGCGCAGGCCUGUCUCCCAGUUCCCUCUUCCCUGUCUUUCUCACAGAUCCAUCUCCAGUUUAUACAAAGCCCUGGCACUUCUCUCUCUUGCCUCAGUAGAGAGAACACAUGGGGAGGCAGCUAAGGCAAUGUUUGAGGGCUUGUUUGAUUGUGGUACAGUGGUACCUCAGGUUAAGAACUUAAUUCGUUCCGGAGGUCCGUUCUUAACCUGAAACUGUUCUUAACCUGAAGCACCACUUUAGCUAAUGGGGCCUCCGUGCUGCCAGAGCACGAUUUCUGUUCUUAUCCUGAAGCAAAGUUCUUAACCUGAAGCACUAUUUCUGGGUUAGUGGAGUGCGUAACCUGAAGCGUAUGUAACCCGAGGUACCACUGUACCUUUUCUGCACCCUUCAAAAUGAAAGUCUAAUCAGAAGAGGGUGUUGAAUUUCUCUAGGAACCCUCCAGGCACUCUAGGAAUUGAGGCAGGGUUUUCUCCCAGCCUUACCUGGAGUUGCCCUUUGGGCUUGAACCCAGGACCACCUGCUGGCCCGGCAGACCCUCUUCCACUGAGCUGUGGCUCUUUCUCCGCACCUCCGAUAACCCAAAGGCCUAAAAGAUGCUCUCUGCAUUUCACUCUCCCCGAAUCCCCUUCUCCCUCCUCCCCAGCUGUCAGGGAACUGACAUUGGAGCUAGAGGCGGAGGCAAGGCUCCCAAGCGAUGCUGGAGAAGGGCCCAGCAGGGAGAGAGGCAGCUCAGCAGAUGGGGAAGCAAAUCAGCGCAACACCAGGGAUAAAGGGGGCAGAUGGGGGAAUCGGCGAGGGGGCUCCAGGACUCCUUGCCGGAGAUCAGCGAGGAGAGCACGGGUCCUCCGCUACCCACGCCCUCCCUGCGCAGAAGGCUUCCGCGCAGGGAGAGUAGGAGGAGACUUGGCGUCAAACAACUUUUAUGUUGGAAAAGGUUUAAGAAACGCCCACUGACGGAUUCUGCUAGCGACUGAGGCAGCCACGAAGUGAAGGGCUGUCCAGACAGAAAGGUUUAAACAAGGCAACAUAGCCAGGAGAGGCGGCAACUUACGCACGAGCAACUCAUACUCAUUACACCAGCCUAUCGUAGCUUUGCCUUGACUUCUCCUCCGUCUCUGUCCAGAAACUCUUUGAGGAGCAGCUGAAGAAAUAUGACCAGAUCAAGGUCUACCUGGAACAGAACUUGACCGCCCAGGAGAACAUCCUCAAAGCCCUGACGGACGCCAACGUCAAGUAUGCGGCCGUGCGCAAGGUCCUGGCAGAGGUGGAACACAAGUGAGUGGCCGGGGGGAGGAAGAGAAGCAGUUUUUGGAUUUCUGGUGUCCAAAACCUGAGGGGUGGUUGGUGGGAGGCUUGGCAGCCUGGCAAAAGUUUGAUGUUCUGCCAGCUAGAUGCCAGCAGGGAGGCAGCAGCCAGAAAUUAUGGGUGCAACGAGAAUGGUGGAUUAAAUUUCACAGUGCUUGGGCUCCUGUCUUGAGAAGUGAGUGUGUGUGCACACGCGCACACACUUGUCGAUUGGUACGGCUCAGCCCUUGUGCCCAGGCAUGUGUGAAUGCCUUUCCUGGCUCUGCGCGCUUUCUGAGAGCCAGUGUGGUGUAGUGGUUAAGAGCGGUAGUCUUGUAAUCUGGUGGACCGGGUUCGAUUCCCCGCUCCUCCCCAUGCAGCUGCUGGGUGACCUUGGGCCAGUCACACUUCUCUGAAGUCUCUCAGCCCCACUCACCCCACAGAGUGUUUGUUGUGGGGGAGGAAGGAAAAGGAGAAUGUUAGCCGCUUUGAGACUCCUUAAAGGGAGUGAAAGGCGGGAUAUCAAAUCCAAACUCCUCUUCUUCUUCUUCUUUCUGGGUGGUCCUGCAAACGCCCCUCUUCCUCAUCCUAACCCUUCUUUUCCUGCCGUCCCCCCAGGUGGAACACCUCUUUGCAGACACUGGUGGCUUCCUAUGAGGCUUACGAGGACCUGAUGAAGAAAUCCCAGGAAGGGAAGGAUUUCUACGCCGACUUGGAGAGCAAAGUGGCCAAACUGCUGGAGAAAUCCCACACUGCCUGCAAGGGAGCUGAGGUGGUCAGGCAGCAGCUCCUGGAGAGGUAAGGUGGCUUGGCUCCGGGUGCAAGUGGGUGGGUGUGGAGGCAGAGCAGAGACAUCCUGGCUAGUAGCCAUUGUUGGCCUUCUCCUCUGUGAAUUUGUCCCUCCUUCUUUUAAAGCCAUCCAGGUUAGUGGCCAUCCUGUGGCAGGGAGUUCCAAAGUUUAACUGUAAAAUGUGACGUUAAAACGAGGGUAAUCCGGGAUGAUGGGAAUUGUAUUCCAACACUAUCCAGGGUCACAAGAUUGAGAAAGGCUGGUUUAGGUGAUGAUCGGAACACCAGGUUUUUUUAAAAAAAUAUACAGACACCUGGGGUUUUAAUAAUAAUAAUAAAUAUUUAUUUAUACCCCGCCCUUCCCAGUUCAAAAACCGGGCUCAGGGUGGCUAACAACAAAUUUAAAACACUUUAAAACACUUAAUUAUAAAAGCAGCAUAAAAUACAGUAUAAAAGCAUGAAUAACAAUAAAAGUCAAAAGUCAAACAGAUAAUCCCCAGGGCUAGCUGGCUGAAUUGGUCCUACUUGGGCCAGUGGGGAGGCCAGGGGAGAAUUAGCUGUGGGGUCUCAGAGCGGGUGAUCUUCAUAAAAAAGGGGAGGGGGAAGGGAAAAGAAGGGAAAUAAAAGAUCAGGCUGAAUUCAAAUUAAAGGCCAGGCAGGAUAGCUCUGUCUUACAGGCCUGACGGAAGGAGGUUAAAUCCUGAAGGGCCCUAGUCACAUGGGACAGAGCAUUCCACCAUGUCGGAGCCAUCACUGAGAAGGCCCUGGCCCUGGUAGAGGAUAGUCUGACUUCCUUAGGGCCCGGGACCUUUAAGCUAUAAUUAUUCAUGGACCUUAGGGUCCUCUGCGGGGCAGACCAGGAGAGGCGGUCCCGUAAAUACAAGGGCCCUAAGCCACAAAGGACUUUAAAGGUCAAGACCAGCACCUUGAACCUGACCCGAUACUCCACCGGGAGCCAGUGCAACUGGAAAAGCACUGGCUGAAUAUGCUCCCAUGGCAGAGACCCUGUGAGGAGCCUCAACAUGGCAUUCUGCACCCACUGGAGUUUGUGGGACAGUUUCGAGGGCAGCCUUGUGUAGAGCGGAUUACAGUAGUCCCUGUUCAGGGACCCUCUGGGGGCAAGGGGGUGCUGGGAGUGGGUGCCCAUCUCACCCGGCUUCUCUGUGGCCUUGCCUUGGCAGGGAACUGAAGAAGAGACCUCCUGCCAGGCCCACCACCCCCAAGCCAGCGCUCCAGAAGAAGACCUCCGACCUUGAGCUGCCCGACCCCCUGCCCCUCGGCUCCCUCUCCCUGGCCGACCUCCCGGAGGAGCUCCGCAGCCUGCCCCCUGAAGUCCUGGGGGCUCACCUGGCACAGCUGCCGCCGGACGCCUUGGCCGCCCUGGGUCUGGACCCCGCCUUCCCCCACGCCGGCCUGCGAGCGGCCCCUGGCCAGGAAGCCUUCUCUGCCCCCCAGCCGGGCCAGGCCAGGCUUCCCUUCGGCCCGGCGGGCCGAGGUGCCCCCCACAGGCACUACCCGCCGCCCAGAGUCCCAGCCGGCUCCGCACAAGCCCCUUACCUGCCGGCCUCCCACCAGAUGCCGCCUUCUGCCCCCCAGGCAGCCCCACCACCGAUGAGCUCUGCCCCCUCCUCAGGCGCCUACCCACCCAGCGCCAGUGUCAUGCGGGGCCCAGCUGUGCAGCCCCCGUACGCUCUGCCCCCUCAGCACACCUCCCCGCAGCACCUCCCCAUGCCCGUCUCCGCUCCCCCAGGGGGCAUGGUUUACGGCAUGGGGCAGCUGGCCCCCAACAGUGGGGCCUUCCCGGCCAGCCACUCCACCCCUCUGGCAGUUAGGCCCCCCGCGCCCUCCCCACACCAGUACAGCGUCGGCAACUUUCCGCCGGGGGUCCGGCCAGCCACCACCACCGUCGACAGCAUCCAGGCCCCCAUCUCGAGCUGCACGGCCCCCAGGGGCAUGGCCGGGCCGCUCCCCCAAUGGGCAGGGCCUCCUCCUCCUGCCCAGGGUGGCUUCGCAGGACCUCAAGGGACCCCCAACGCUCAGUUCCCCUACCCACAGCCUUUCAUGCAGCAGGUCCUGCCGCCUUACUCCUCUGCUCAACCUCCGCAGGCCUUCUCCCCCCAUGGACCCCUCCAGCCCCCGAUGGACCGGCAGGUCCGCCCCCAGCCCCUCGGCCCGCCCCCUCAGCAGUACACACCCCAGUUCCUGGCCCAGGCCACAAUGCCCCAGCAGCAGCCACCCUUCCAGCACCCCUUUCCAGCUCAGGUCUGCGCCCCGCAAGCCGCCCUCGGACAGGGCCACCCCGUCCAACUGGGAGCCCAACACUACCAGCUUGGGCCGCCCCACGACAAGCUGCCUCGGGGCCACGCCCUGCCUCCCCACUCCCUGACCUACCCCACGGCCGUGUCGCACGCCCCCAACAUUUCCAUGGGCAUGAUGGGGCCCGGGCAGCAACAGCAGCAGCAGAUUCCCCUUCGCCCGUCGCUCGCUUCCAUCCAGCCCUUGCCCGCUGGAUCGCCGGCCCAGGUUGCCUUUGGCGCCGGCCCGACGCCCCUGGGCCCUGGGACCCCCCAGAUCCCUCCAGGGGCCCCUAUGCCCCUGGGAGGGCAGCCCCAGCCCGUCAGCCAGGCCCUCCCUCACCACGUCCCCCCCGCACCCAGCCCUGCCCUGGCACAGAUGCCCGGCGCAGCAGUGGUGCCGGGCGCUGCUUUGCCCUCGCCGGCGCCCUCGCCGCAGCCUUCCCUGACCCUGCCGGCUCCCUCUCUCCUGCCCCCCUCGGGGCCUCUCCCGCAGCUGCCCCCUUCCUCUCUGGCGCCUGGCGGGGCCGCCCCACUAGCGCAGGGCCCCUCCGACGCCUCCCGCUUCCCCCGGCAGAAUUCGUCCACCGACGACCUCCUGUCCUCCAGCCCCGAGAGCCAGCACGGGGGCGCCAAGGCCUCGGUGGGGCAGCCCCUCCUGCAGCCCACCAAGGCGGAUGCCAAGGACGGGCUGAAGCCGAAAGCCGUGCAGCUGAUCGAGAAGGACCCCUACGAGAAGCCUGAGCACAUCCGGCGGCUCCUGUCGGAGCUGGAGCGCUUCCAGGACGUGGUGGGCGGCCUGGAGAAGCCGGCCCCUUCCUCGGGGAGCGCCAGCGAGCUGGACGGCGUCUGGAAGGAGCUGCAGGACGCCCAGGAGAAAGACGCCCGCCAGCUGUCCAUCGCCAUCGCCCGCUGCUACUCCAUGAAGAACCGCCACCAGGACAUCAUGCCCUACGACAAGAACCGCAUUGUCCUGCAGUCGGGCAAGGACGACUACAUCAACGCCAGCCGCGUCGAAGACCUCUCCUCCUACUGCCCCACCAUCAUCGCCACGCAGGCCCCCCUGGUGGGCACCGCCUCCGACUUCUGGCUCAUGAUUUACGAGCAGAAGGUGUCCGUCGUCGUCAUGCUGGUUUCUGAGCAGGAGAUUGAGAAAGUAAGGAGCAAGGAUUUGUCACAAGUCGAGUGUACUUUGAUAAUAAUAAUAAUACUAAUAAUAGAAUUAGCCAAAUUGACAGACAUAAUAAGAUAAAAAUCAAAAAGGGAAGUAAAAAAAGAAUGGGAGUGCCUAAUACCUCAAAAGCCAAGGUUCAAGGACAGAAAUCUGGCUGAGUCUGGAAUAACCUUGUGAAGUGAAAGGAUAAGAAAGAGGGAUUUAUAGCUAGAUGUUAGGAUAGAGAUGAUAAGAAAAACAGGAAGACACAAUGAGAGAUAAAGGAGGUGCCAUGGGAUUGGUGGAAGUCAAUGUUUUAUUGUUGUUUUUAGUGUUUAUAUUAUUAACUUGUAAGAUAUGGAUUUGUUGUUGUUUAGUUGUUGCUUUUUUAGUUUUCGAAUGUUGGUUUUUGUGUGUUGUGUGUUGUUAUUUUUCGAUAUUUUUCAUGUGUGGGAAAUACUAAUAAAUUUUAUUUAAUAAUAAAUAGUAGUAGUAGUAGUAGUAGUAGUAGUAGUAUAAUAAUUUAUUAUUUAUACCCUGCCCAUCUGGCUGGGCCUCCCCAGCUACUCUGGGCGGCCUCCAACAAAGCACUAAAAUACAGUAGUCUGUUAAACAUUAAAAGCUUCCCUAAACAGGGCUGCCUUCAGAUGUCUUCUAAAAGUCUGGUAGUUGUUUAUUUCUUUGACAUCUGACGGGAGGGCGUUCCACAGGGCGGGUGCCACUACCGAGAAGGCCCUCUGGCCUGGUUCCCUGCAGCUUGGCUUCUCAGAUCUCCACAGAUGUUCCCUGCACUUUUAUGUUUUUUUCCGCCCAGCCCUGAGGACUAGCGACUUGUUGUUAGUUUGUUUUUUUAAAGCAACCUGAGAGUCUCCGGCUUCUAACCCUGUGCACCAGAUUCUGUGAUUGCAGCUGAGAGGUGGGGAGGAGAGAGGAAGACACUCAAAUGCUUUAUCCUCCUCUAAUGUAAUGUGUAUUGCAUAUGGAGCGCAAGAAAAAAAUGACUUGCAUUCCUAAGGAGGCGUAUGCUUAGAAUUUGCCAACCAGCUUAGGCUUCAUCAUCAAAGCCUUAUGGGCAUAAACUGUUAAAUCCCUAAAUAGAAUGCCACAGGUGUUUGCAUCGUGCUAAGCCGUAGUUUAAAGGUAAAGGGGCUCCUGACCAUUAGGUCCAGUCGUGGCCGACUCUGGGGUUGCGGUGCUCAUCUCGCUUUACUGGCCGAGGGAGCCGGCGUACAGCUUCCGGGUCAUGUGGCCAGCAUGACUAAGCCACUUCUGGUGAACCAGAGCAGCGCACGGAAACGCCGUUUACCUUCCCGCUGGAGCGGUACCUAUUUAUCUACUUGCACUGGUGUGAUUUCGAACUGCUAGGUUGGCAGGAGCAGGGACCGAGCAACGGGAGCUCACCCCGUCGCGGGGAUUCGAACCGCCGACCUUCUGAUCGGCAAGUCCUAGGCUCUGUGGUUUAACCCACAGCGCCACCCGCGUCCUAAGCCAUAGUUUAGUACGAUAUAAAUCAGGCAUUUCCGAACUCAGCCCUCCAGCUGUUUUGGGACUACAGUUCCCAUCAUCCCUGACCACUGCUCCUGUUAGCUAGGGAUGAUGGGAGUUGUAGCCCCAAAACAUCUGGAGGGCCGAGUUUGGGGGUGCCUGAUGUAAAUUAACCACAGUUGACCUUGAGGCACACACAGCUGGAAGAAUUUGAGAUGUUUCGGCUUUUUGCUUAACUGUAGUUCAUCGAAUGUAAAUAUGUUGUAGUUUUGGGUUGUGAGCCGCCUUGAGAUCUGCAGGUGUAGGGGGGUAUACAAAUUUAAUAAAUGAAAUAAAUGUGGCUUCCCCAUAACCCCAACAGCAGGAUCCUAGAGCACGGCCGGUGGGGAGAUUACCCCCAGUAAAUGACCUUGGAACAGCUGCUAUCCCAGUAUCAAGUUCAUUCAGGUUUUAAUUGGAUUUUGAAUAGAUGUGCAUUUCAUUUUUACCUUUUUGAAUUGUGUUGUGUUAUCUUCCUUAGCGGGGUCGGGCAAAACCGCUAUUCUGAACUAUGCUUUUCAUAGAGGAGGGCAGGCUGACGAGUUCACGGAACCAAGAACCAAAAAGUUUGGGGAGCCGAAGUUGUUUUCUCUAACUGAUGGCAGCUCCCCAGUAUCUCAGACUUCCCUGCUGCCUUCUAACCAAUGGGGGGGGGGCAAGGCCAAAAUGGUGGCACUGGAGGUCCUCUGCCAUAGCCCUCCUUUUCUCCUCCUGACAUCCCCCCAUUUCUCUUUCUCUCCUGCAGCAAAAGGUUGUCCGCUACUUCCCCACGGAGCGGGGCCAGCCCAUGGUCCACGGCCUCCUCACCCUGGUCCUCACCAGUGUGAAGGCCACCCCGACCCACGUGGAACGCAUGAUCACGCUGCAGUUCCGAGACCAGAGCUUGAAGCGCACCGUUAUCCACCUCCAGUUCUCCUCCUGGCCGGAGCUGUAUGUGAAAUUUGUCCCAUGCAAGGAGGGCGGUGGGGAGAGGCUGAGGAUGAGGGGUGGGCCUGGCUGUGCCUCGCUUGCCUGGCCCAGCCAGAGCUGUGCUUCUCAAACUUGGGUCGCCAGCUGCCGUUGGGACUACAACUCCCAUCAUCCCUGGCUAGCAGGGCCAGGGAUGAUGGGAGUUGUAGUCCAGCAAUGUCACGGACUGGUUGGACACAGGGGGAUGGUGGGAGGAACCAGCUGGGGAGGCUCAGAGCCUAGGGAGUGGUGGCGGGACGACCAUGAGUGGUCCGUGUCAAAAGCUGAAGAGGUAACAGGGCAUAGUGAGCAGGGAGAGUCUGUGAUAGAGAGAAGCCCAGAUUUGGAGGCCGAAGCUGAAGCAGGAGGGUGGGAAGAGAAAGGCAGAAAUGAGUCAGGCUGGUGGAGAGUCACGGGUGUCUCCCACUUCUGCUGUGACAAGCUCCCCUUCCCUGCUUGUCUCCCAGGACUAGGGGAGGCAUGAAGUGGGAGGAGCAAAGGCCAGGUGCACUGGCAUAGUCUCAGAUUGCUUGGGAACAGCCCUGGAGAGCAGGAGAUUUCGGCAGCUAUGUUGCGGUGGGGAUUUUCUGUCCGCAACUGCUUCAUGGGAGCCAGACCUACCGGAGAUGGUCUUGUCUUUUCUUUUUAUUAGAUAAUACAAAGAAAAAAAGGAACGGAAAACCUGCAAUAAACAGAUGUAAAUCAGAAAUACACAGAAAUAUUUGACAGUACAUAAGUACCCCCCCCCCACCCAUGACUCUCCUCCACCAUGUCUCGAUUCCUGACCACUGGUCCUGUGAGCUAGGGAUGAUGGGAGUUGUAGUCCAACAACAUCUGGGGACCCAAGGUUGAGAACCACUGCUUUAUGUGUUAUAUUAAAUAUAUUAAAUAUUAGCAUUGCAUUCCUAAUAUAUCCAUUGGAAUUGGAUAUCUUAUAUCCAAUUCCAAAUAUCUCCCUCUCGUAUACUCUACAACCUUAAUCUAUGCAUAGCAACACACUUUUUUUUAACAGUGUUUUUCCAUGUAUUCUUUGAAGCAUUGCCAUUCUAGUUUUAAUUUUUGAUUUGACCUGUAAUCUUAUGCCUGCUGUUUGUUUUGCCAACUGUAUAUAUUCACUCAUUUUACAUAUCCAGUCAUCCUUGGGAUUGUUUCAGCUUUCCAUUUACUCAUUAGCCCUGGUGCCCCUGUGCAGGUCCUGUUUUUGCUAGGUAAAGAUAAAGGGACCCCUGACGAUUAGGUCCAGUCGUGGCCGACUAUGGGGUUGCGGCGCUCAUCUCGCUUUACUGGCAGAGGGAGCCGGCGUACAGCUUCCGGGUCAUGUGGCCAGCAUGACUAAGCCGCUUCUGGCAAACCAGAGCAGCGCACAAAAACGCCGUUUACCUUCCCGCCAGAGCAGUACCUAUUUAUCUACUUGCACUUUAACGUGCUUUUGAACUGCUAGGUUGGCGGGAGCAGGGACCGAGCAACGGGAGCUCACCCCGUCGUGGGGAUUCAAACUGCCAACCUUCUGAUCGGGAAGCCCUAGGCUCUGUGGUUUAGACCACAGUGCCACCCACUUUCCUUGUGCCACCCGUGUCCCUUCUGUGCACCCAUCCCUCCUGUGCAGUUCCUGUUUUUGCUAAUAAGGCGUUAACUCCAACUUGCAAGGCAUGAUUUACUGCUGGCUGGCUCCUGCAAAUGACAGCCGGGGACCCAAGUUCGAGAAAGACUGAACUAGAGGAACAGGGAUCAUCUGGGAGGGUAGCAGUGGAGCUGGCAAGCGGCAGCAAAAUCCUGUUUGCAAAGAUGCUUGCUUCAUUUUUCUUUCUCUCUCUCUCUCCCUCCUUCCCCUUCCUCCCUUCAGUGGCCUCCCGGACAGCAAAGGGGACCUUCUUCGCUUCAUUCAGGAGGUGCACAGCCAUUACCUCCACCAGCGGCCGCUCCACACCCCCAUCGUCGUCCAUUGCAGGUGAGUAACAGCCGGACUUGGAAAGCAGACUCGGAGCCUCGCAGUGCGUCAGACCAAUAACCCGUCGAGCCCAAAAGUGGCAGCUAUGGGGCCCCUCUGCCACGAUGGCUUCGUUGCAAGUGGCCGUGCAUUGUUGCCUGUGCCCUGCCACCUGAUAAUUGUAGCUGGAGUGCCUGAAAAAGCAGUAAGGUAAAGGUAAAGGGACCCCUGACCAUUAGAUCCAGUCGCGGACGACUCUGGGGUUGCGGCGCUCAUCUCGCUUUAUUGGCCGAGGGAGCCGGCGUACAGCUUCUGGGUCAUGUGGCCAGCAGGACUAAGCCGCGUCUGACGAACCAGAGCAGCGCACGGAAACGCUGUUCACCUUCCCACCUGAGUGGUACCUAUUUAUCUACUUGCACUUUGACGUGCUUUCGAAAUGCUAGGUGGGCAGGAGCAGGGACCGAGCAACGGGAGCUCACCCCGUCGCGGGGAUUCGAACCACCGACCUUCUGAUCGGCAAGUCCUAGGCUCUGUGGUUUAACCCACAGCGCCACCCACGUCCAGUACAGUGGUACCUCAGGUUAAGUACUUAAUUCGUUCCGGAGGUACGUUCUUAACCUGAAACUGUUCUUAACCUGAAGCACCACUUUAGCUAAUGGGGCCUCCUGCUGCUGCCACGCCGCUGGAGCACGAUUUCUGUUCUCAUCCUGAAGCAAAGUUCUUAACCUGAAGCACUAUUUCUGCGUUAGCAGAGUCUGUAACCUGAAGCGUAUGUAACCUGAAGCGUCUGUAACCCGAGGUACCACUGUAUCAAAAAGGAAAUUGUAGGGUUGGAAAAGGUUUCAGAAAAGGGUGAGCAAAAUGAUCGAGGGAACAGAGGAACAAUUGCAGCGCUUGGGACUUUCCAGAGCAGCGGUUCUCAACCUGUGGGUCCCCAGAUGUUGUUGGACUACAACUCCCAUCAUCCCUGAGCUCUGGCCUUGCUAGCUAGGGGUGAUGGGAGUUGUAGUUCAACAACAUGGUUGAGAAAGGCUGUUCUAGAAGAAAGGCAAGAAAGAGGCAACACAUCAAGACGUUUGUAAAAAUUAUGCCCUGCAUGGAGAAAGCCCAUAGUUUCUCAAACUUGGGUCUGUAGCUGUUGCUGGACUCGUUCGUCUUCUGUUCCUCUUCUGCACCGUGUUCAUCUUCUGCAUCCCCCACAGCUCUGGCGUGGGCCGCACCGGCGCCUUCUGCCUCUUGUACGCCGCCAUGCAGGAAGUGGAGGCUGGCAACAGCAUCCCGGACUUGCCCCAGCUGGUGAAGAAGAUCCGCCAGCAGAGGAAGCACAUGCUGCAGGAGAAGGUACAGGGCGCGGGGUGCAGGUGGAGCUGCAGUGGGUGACACCCAUGAGCCUUGGGUCACCUAAAAGAUAUUGGCUGGGUGCUAAGGUCCUUGGGUGUGAGCCUUGUCCAGGUCGCAUCGACAUUUGAGGCCCGGUUGCUUGGUAAGACGAGAGGGAGCCUUUUCUGUGGCCGUUCCCAUAUUGGCAAUUCCCUCCCAAUAGAGGUCUGACUGGCUCCCUCCUUGUGAUCUUUCCCCCAAGUAGGUUUAAGACCUCCCUAUUUAGAAAGACCUUCAAAACAAGUGCGCACCAUGUUGACAACUGGCCUGCAAUUGGUCUCUCAAUUGCUGGCUCUGAAUGUGUUUUAUUGUGCUAUAAAGGUAAAGGUAAAGGGACCCCUGACCAUUAGGUCCAGUCGUGGCCGACUCUGGAAUUGUGGCGCUCAUCUCGUUUUAUUGGCCAAGGGAGCUGGCGUACAGCUUCCGGGUCAUGUGGCCAGCAUGACUAAGCCGCUUCUGGCAAACCAGAGCAGCGCACAGAAAUGCCGUUUACCUUCCCGCCUGAGCGGUACCUAUUUAUCUACUUGCACUUUGACGUGCUUUUGAACUGCUAGGUUUGCAGGAGCAGGGACCGAGCAAUGGGAGCUCACCCUGUCUCAGGGAUUCGCCGACCUUCUGAUCAGCAAGUCCUAGGCUCUGUGGUUUAACCCACAGCGCCACCCGCAUCCCAGUAGGUUUAAGACCUCCCUAUUUAGACAGACCUUCAAAAACAAGCGCAGACCAUGCAGACAACUGGCCUGCAAUUGGUCUCUCAAUUGCUGGCUCUGAAUGUGUUUUAUUGUGCUGUAAACCACUCUUUUUAACUGGGUUUUGCAUUUUACAAUGAUGUUUCUCAUGGAAUCGGGGAACUGUAGCAUGGGACCAGGGACCCAAAGGGUCAUCCAGCCCAACCCCUUGCAAUGAGGCUUUUCCGAAUGCCGUAAGCCGCCUUGAGAAAAAGGCGGGUACAAAUGCAUUUAGGUGAAAUGUCUGGCCCUCAAUCCUGGCUGCUCCUCCUCUUCCAGCUCCACCUCAAGUUCUGCUACGAGUCUCUCCUGAAGCAUGCCAAGCAGGUGCUGCAGAGACACGGGGUCACGGCGCCCUCCGCCAGCAAGCCUGCCAGCAGCGCUGCCCAGAAGGUAGGGUGCAUCCGAGGGCAGGCGUGGGUGGAGAGUCCUUCCGCUAGCACAGAAACAGGAGUGGGUUGGCGAAACGUCAUAGGAGAGCGUUAAAAGAGAAGGUUUCUGGCCAUGUGCAGAGCGUCUUUUCUUUGCUCCUGUGCCCUCGCAGCUGUCUCUCCUGUAUCUGGGAUGACUCGGGCAUAGUGCUCGCUCUCAGAAAAAUCUCGCUUGGGCUUGGCUGGAUUAAUUCUGGCAAGGGGGUGCAGCAGCAGCCGUCCCUGCCGUUUUGAAAGCCCACGUUUGGUCAGUGGUUAGAAAUUUUAAAUAGUAGGAGAGGCUGUCUUAUCAAAUGCAUCCCAUGACACAAGAAAUCGCAUCUCUUUUUGGAAGACAGACUGGAAAUAAUAAUAAUAAUAAUAGUAGUAGUAGUAAUAGUAAUAGUAGCAGUAGUAGUAUUAGUAAUAAUUUAUUAUUUGUACCCCGCCCAUCUGGCUGGGUUUCCCCAGCCACUCUGGGCGGCUUCCAACAAAGAUUAAGAAUACAUUAAAAUGACACACAUUAACUUCCCUGAACAGGGCUGCCUUCAGGUGUCUUCUAAAUGUCAGGUAGUUGUUUUUCUCUUUGACAUCUGAUGAGAGGGCGGGUGCCACCACCGAGAAGGCCCUCAGCCUGGUUCCUUGUAACUUGGCUUCUCGCAAUGAGGGAACCGCCAGAAGGCCCUUGGAGCUGGACCUCAGUGUCUGGGCAGAACGAUGGGGGUGGAGACGCUCCUUCAGGUAUACAUGACCGAGGCUGUUUAGGGCUUUCAAGGUCAGCACCAACACUUUGCAUUGUGCUUGGAAACGUCCUGGGAGCCAAUGUAGGUCUUUCAAGACCUACAGCUGCCCUCAGUCACCAGUCAUUGCAUUCACUUUUGUUACUUUAUAUUUUGUGCGUUUUUAAUGUACGGUGUGAAUGCAACUUGUGUGAGGACUACGUGCCCAGAAGUUGCGCAUAAAGGCAAACUCGCAAAGGCUGAGAGCUUAAAAGCGCUUUCUGCAGUGAGAAUACCCUUCGCAGAGCUUCCUGGCUCUGGAGUCGUCCUUUCAAGCUUCUCCAGAGCUCAGUAAGCAAGGCUGUCCCUCUCUCCCCAUUUAUUUCCUCUCCAAUGAGGCAUUUGGCCAAUUUGAUAUACAAUGCCUUUUUAAAGUGUGCUACGGAGAGAGAUUUUGGGUUUGUUCUGUUCAUAUUUUUAUUAUGCAUUUUGUGGGGGGUUUUUAUUGUUAUUUUUAUAUUGUGAACUGCCCUAAGAUCUACAGAUGUAGGGCGGCAUACAAAUUUAAUAAAUAGUAAUAUUAUUUACUGACGAUCUGCAUGAAGCUGCUAUCGUGCAAGUAAAAUCAGUGUUGUAUCCUACUGUAUUUUAAGUCGCCCUAACCUGCCCUGGGACCUUAGGGUGAAAGAGAGGUGAAUAAUAAUAAUUUUAUUAGUUGCACUCCCACCCCUCUGCCUGGGUUGCCCCCAACCACUCUGGGCCAUAGCUGUCAACUUUCCCCUUUUCUUGCGAGGAAUCCAAUUCGGAAUAAGGGAAUUUCCAUUUAAAAAAGGGAAACGUAUGCUCUGGGCAUCUCCCAACAGAUAUAAAGGCGUAAAGAUCACCCCCAUCCCACAGGGCCUUGUCCAGGGACACUUGCUGCGCCCUCUAAGCUGCUCUUCCUUUCCCUCUAGCCCUAUAUCCACCAGGACCCCCAGGAUCUGGUCCUAGGUGCCGACAUGCCCAUCAGCUCCAUCCAGGCCACCAUUGCCAAGCUCAGCAUCCGGCCCCCCUUGGGAGGGGCAGAGCCCUCGUCCGCCAACGGGCAGCAGCCGGAGCCCCUGCCCUUGGCCGUCCCAGCGCCCCCUGCCGGCCCCCCUCAGACCGCCUUUGCAGAUCUCGGCUGCCCCGUUACCAGCACAGAGCCAGCCCCCACGCUCUCCCCGCCAGCCACCCCUGCCCCAGCGGCGCCCGAGGCUGCUGGGUGCUGCGCAGCCGAGAACAGCAACCAUCUGGAAGAGGAGAGUCAGGAAGAGAGCGAAGUCCCGCCGGCGCCUCCUGGCGCAGAGCCCUCUGCCGCUCCAGCCGCGGCCCCGUCCUCCUCGUCCCUGGAGCUCCUGGCCUCGCUGACCCCCGAGGCCUUCACGCUGGACAGCAGCCUCAAGGGCAGGCACAAGGUCAGCAAGCAGAGCUUCCUCCAGCCCCAGAACGGGGAAGGCCUGCGCGGCACCCGCCCCAGCGACGACCCCCUCAGCAUGCUUGACCCGCUGUGGACACUCAACAAGACAUGAGAGGAAGGAGGGCGUCACACCGACCCGAGACUGCUGCUGCUGCUGCUAACGCCACCACCGAUGCAUUUUGAGGACUAGGAACUUGGGAGGGCGAGGGAGGAAAGGUGGCUGGUUCGCACUCUCCUCAGCAUGCAGCUUUUCCAGCUCGAGACUGGCCACAGUCAGGAAGGCUCUGCUGCGCCAGGAGCCACGCAGUGCCCACUCAACUCGCGUCCUUUUUCCCCCUCUCCCGCCACUUCAGUUUCCCACCGGCUGUGUCUGAACGGCUGGAGGCGUGCAGGAAGAUUUUUCUGAGCCGGUUGUUCCUUUCUCCCACUUUGUGCCUGCCUCCAAGUGCCAUGGGAAGGAAGGACUCUGUAAGUUGGCCUUUGGAGGGGCAGGAAUCACGGGAGGCGGUUUGGACAGAGCGGGACGUGUGGUUUGAUUUUCACUGCGGACAUAAGUGGUUACCCAGCUGGAGAAGCCCCCCGAAGUGAUUUUCCCGACGAGAGGAAGGUUUUGAGACACAGCCAAGGUAACCCUGUCCUAGGUGGACUAGUUCCCGGCAUCAUCAGCUAAAGGGCUUUGACUCCCACCCCCCCCGCUGCCACCCUUGGUGUUCCCAAGGCUUUGAGAUGUAGCACUUCAGGGCUCCUACGUCCUCCUCUGCUCCUUAAACUGCCUCUGGCAAGACCCUUUUGCUCCCGUCUACUGACUUCCACUCUGAAUGGGGUAUUCAAGACCCAACCAACCCCCUUUGAGCUGGUGAGAGCCCAUUUGGGACCAAGCCGCUACGUUUGAUCGGCUUGCAUGAAAGGUGCAUGGAGUGUCUUUUUAGCUGCUAGGUGAAGGUGCAGGAGACGUGCUUUCUCAGCAGCCUCCAGAGCUGCUCCCGUGUCUUGCCGGCUCCACCUUCCGUUUCUCGUUUUGCCAGGCCAGUUGCCCUUACAUUCCAGCUAGGGAUCCCCGUCUUGGAAUUAGCUCAGAGGCCGUGUCAAGUCACCCAGCAGCCUUGGGAGUGGUGAUUGACAAGACUGAGCUGUUCCAAAUAGUUCACCAAAAACGCAGAAGUCCCUUUAUGUGGUUGAUUUGGAUCAUCAUCAGUGUGCCUGAUGGUCUUUUACAAAGGGGCAAGCGCUGUGCCCAAAAGACAGGUGUUGGCAUCAAACAUAAGGAGUAGCCCUGCAGCGCUAUGGGCAGUAAAGGAGGACUGUCCUCAGUUUAAAGGACCAUCUUCAGGAAGGCAGGAGGGUUAAGGUGGGAGAGGGGCCAGGUCUUGGUGGGUUUCUGGGUUGUUUUUUGCUUUGUACAAAUGUAGCAUUGUCGUCAUGUUUCGACUUACUCUGUAAUUUAGAACCAACUUUUUUCAGCUCUUUGCUACUAAAAUAAAUAAACGGGAGCAUUGCAGAUGGAUCCGCUGUUAGAUUUUUGUCAAAAGCGGCAGAGGGGGCUGCAUUUCAGUCUGCAAGUAUCCAAAUAUAGCAAAAUGAGUUGUGUAACUUUUUGGCGCUAAGAUAAUUAAUUUGCAGAAGUGUUUUAUGAUUGAGAAUUUUGGGGGUGGGAGUUUAGCAGCUGCUGGGCCUUAAAAUACGUUAGCAGCAUGCAAUAGAAAGCAAUGCCUUUUCUCUCGUAUCUAUUUUGGUUUGGUUUUUAAAAAAAAAACUAAGUUGCCCACAAAAAUUGUAUGCAAGGUAUACCACUUGCUUUUUAUAAGGUUUGCAUUAAAGUCAGCUACACAAAGAGAA